CCUGUCGCGCGCCGCUGGCUCGCCCCGACGCCUGGGCGGGCGGACGCUGCGAUGGAGGAGGCAGCGGGCCAGCCCCGCCGCGCCACCCGGCCCGCAGGAGCCCCCGCGCCGCCACCGCCGCCGCCGCCGCCUGGAGGUGAGUGCCCAGCCGGGACCGCCCUCGCCCGCCCGCCCGCCCGCUCCUCCCGCGCCGCAUCCCGCGCCCCGCUGCCCGCGCCCUCGGCCAGGCCGCCCGCUCCCCGACCCGGCGCAGCGCUGGGCUCGCCCUCGGCGGAGCUGGGCGGGGAGGCGGCGGCGGCUGCUCCCAGGGAGGGGUGGAUCGGGCCCCGGCGAGGCUCUCCCUGCCUGCCCGCCCAGCUCGGCUGCGAGACGGGAGGGACGCUCUUCGGUGACUUUUGGAAGGGUGGGGCGGGAGCCCGGAGUCCUCCUGGGCCCCCUCGGGAAUGGCCCCAGUCCGGACUGAAGGCCUAAUACGAUCUUUGCUACUUAUGCUCCUGCUUCAUGUCAUUGGGCGCAGUAUAUUGAAAGGAAAAUGCCGGGGGGCGGGGGGGGGCGGAGGGGCAGAGCAUCUCUGCAUGGGCAGCCUCCAGAGGCGCCUUGCGCCCCCCCCCCCCGCAGGUCAGUCCGCUUCCAGCCUGGGGGCAUCUUCAGCUAUUGCCCUCCUGCUCUGCUUUUCUCCAGGGAAGUGAAUGACUUGGAUAGGAAGGUCUCCCCUUCUCUUGUAUACAGAAGGUAUCUUGCAGUCCCGUCCAGCUUGAGAGAACAUCCCAGAAUGAGCACAAAAAGAGGAAAGUCUGUAAGCAGGUGCAGAAAAAAUGAGUUUAUUCAAAGCAAACAUAUAAGCUCUAAUAGCCUUGACACAUUUUGGGCCCUUCACGAGGGGAACUCUGUGUUAAGUAAACAUAAGCUUUGAAUAAUAAAAUAAUAAUAAUAAUAAUCAAGCUCUAUUCAGGGCAUGUGGGUUGAGAAGAUUUGUGGGACUGUAUCUUCUGAAGGCAGCUCAGAAUAGCUUUUGAUUUUAAGAAGCAAGACACUUCUGUUCAGUCAAAGCUUAUAUUUUCUUUAACACACACAGGUCACCUAAUGAAGGGUGUUUGUUGCUCAAAGCACACUGAUCUGUUGGAAGCGAUUAUGCUACUUAUUCCCCCCCAAAAGAAAUUGCUUUUGAAAAUAAUAAAACUGUUACAACAAUAACUUGGAACAAGUCUAGUUAUGCAAUACAAUCUUCACAAAAAACCUUUACCUGGACUUUGUAGUGUCAUUUCAAGCAUAUUCUUAAUACAUUAAUGGUUAAUAUAGCCUCUCCACAGACAAAUUGGAGCAGUUGGUGGGAGAGAAUUGUUAUCUUCUUCCCUUACCUAUGAAAAGAAAGGAGACUGAACCCAGUUAUGGACUGUUCUUGUGAUGAGCUUUACAAUCCACACAUCAAUACAGUAUUCUAUAUUUUUGCCUGGAAAGCCCGGGCUGAAAGGGUGCUUGUGGGGCCUCCUAGCAGCGUUUACACAGUAUGGAUGCAAAGUAUAUUUUGAGUGUUCACUAUGCUGCCUGUUAUCUUGGUAAUCUUUCUAACAACCUUGUAAAAGAGGCCAGUAUUAAUAUCCCUCUGUUGCAAGUGGGGAAGAGAGCCAAGCUAGGCAAUCUAGAAGGUUAAUGGUUGAUGUGAGUUUGGACUAGGUACUUCCGGGUGUGUGCUCUCUCUCACAUGCAUAGUAAUGGCAUAAAAUGUAAAGAGGGUUUGUGCAUCCCCAAACACUCAGGGGCUUGUGAUGGACUCUGAUGAGUGAACUUUCAGAUGGAAAGCUAGCACACAAGCCACAGGACUGACCUGCCUUGCACACUCAGCUUCUCAGCCCACACUAUUCACAGAUUUGCGGUGAAUUUGCAGAUUUACAGGUUUUAAUCAGCUGCAUGGUUAUAAUCAGAAAUUAUCAGGAUUGCAUAGGAUUUGACCUGGAAACCUAACCACAAAUGUAAUGUUUGGGCACCACAAAGAGGUCACAAAGCUUCUCUUAAUAUAAUUAUUUCUUCCGGCACAAGCCAGCCUAUAGUUUUCAAAGAGGCCUUAUGCCUUCAAGCAUUGGAUCUUAAAUCUAUCAUUUGCUCUCAGGCUUAUUAAAACUGCAAGGCUGUCUCAGAUCAAAGUCUGGAAGGGCCACACGGCAUAGUGAAGUGGCAUGCUUUGAGUGGCACUGUGGGGGCUGGGAAUAGGUGGAAGGCAGGAAUUUGAUGUCUUAAUGAUGCAAAAGUUUUCAGUCUGUUGGCUCCAGAGACGGGGUUCAUAGAACCAUAGAAUUGUAGAGUUGGAAACAACCCCGAGGGUCAUCUAGUCCAACCCCCUGCAAUGCAGGAAUCUCAACUAAAGCAUCCACGGCAGAUGGCCACCCAACCUCUGCUUGAAAACCUCCAAUGAACCACCACAUCCCAAGGGAGUCCAUUCCACUGUCUUAACAGCUCUUGCUAUCGGAAAGUUCUUCCUAUCAGCAGCAUGGAAGGGGCUUGCUGCCAACUCUUUCCCCUCUGGCCAUAUUGUUAAUGUUCAAAACAGCCACCUCCCAGCCUGCUUUUAUUCUGACAAAGAAAAAGAUAUGAGGGACAGAUGCUCUACGCCAGGCAUGCCCAACAGGUAGAUCACUGGACGUCCAUGAUAGAUCACUGGUAGAUCACUGGCAGUUUUUAACUCUGUGAGUAGAUUGCAGUCUCUUGGGAGUUGGCCACCCCUGCUCUACACAACUGGGUGCCAAAUGUCUUGUCAGAAUGACCUGUCAAUUUGACUCCUCGAUCUUGAGUUUGUGUUGUCCUCCCUGGAGUCACUUUUCCUCUGUUUCCUGUGGUUGCCUCUGUCCCCAGAUCUCAGUUGUUCCUCUGCAGUCUGUUAUUAGGACUCACAGUUUUCUGUGUCCUCGUGAGAGGGGGCAAGGCUCAGUGGUCAAGCGCAUGCAGAUGGUCCCAGGUCCAGAAUGCAGUUAGAAGUACCUCCUAAAGUUGGUAGAAGAUGAGGCUCUGAGGAAAAUGAGAGAGGAAGGCACAUCUUUUUCUUGGGAGAUUUUUGUAGGUGUUUGCAUCUCUAGCAUGGCUGUGAAAGAACGUCUGCCCAGGGCAUUGUGGAGAGCAGUUGGUUGUUAAAGUAAAUUAUACUGGCCUUGGUAGAACCAUAGAUCAUAUAAUUCCCUUCUUUUGCUUUGAGUCACAGUACUGCAUUUGGGUGGAGGCAUUGUGUAUGGGAACUAGUGCCAUGUCCAACCCCAAAGGCUGCUGCAUCUUGGAAACAGCAUGCUUUUCCUCAUGCAGAUUGGUCUCUAGAGUGGAAAUGCACUGAGCUGAGGUUUUCGGGUUGGAUGAUGAUGAUAACGCACUGUGAACCUGCACAGUUGCUUGUCUGUUUUAUGACAGUGAGGGUAGGGAAUUGGUAGUGGGAUUAGGAUAAGGGAUAUUGGGUCGAUGAACCAAUAGAUUGAUGAAGAGGCUGCAUACAUUCAAGUGUAAAGAGGAAUCACUAAGUUCUUCAACUGUAUUUAUGUGUGUAUCCAGUGUAUUUGCUGGAUAAUUUCAAUAUAGAUGUUGCAGUUCACCACUUUUUCGUUUUUACACAAGCAAGUGGUAUAGAAAAUUUAAUUAAUAAAUGGCAUAGGAAAAUCCCUGCUGAAUUAGAACAAGAAUCUACAGAGUCCCGCAUCCAAGAUCCAACAGUAGUCAGCCAGAUGUCCCAGGAAGCCUCAAGUGACAAACAUGUCUCAUUUUAUGUCUCCCAGUACUGAUAUUCAGGGGUACAGUGGUACCUUGGGUUACAGACGUUUCAGGUUACAGACACUUCAGGUCACAGACUCUGCUAACCCAGAAAUAGUACCUCGGGUUAAGAACUUUGCUUCAGAAUGAGAACAGAAAUCGUGGAGCGGCGGCGGCGGCGGGAGGCCCCAUUAGCUAAAGUGGUACCUCAGGUUAAGAACAGUUUCAGGUUAAGAAUGGACCUCCAGAACGAAUUAAGUUCUUAACCCGAGGUACCACUGUACAGUGCUUCUGAACACUGUGUUUCCAUGUAGCCAAUGUGGCUAAUAGUCACAGAUAGACCACAAAUUUCUCUAAUCCCCUUUUAGAGCCAUCAACCAUCUCAGUGGUAAAUAUCAAUGUUAUGCUGAAUUGCAUUGUACAAAGACCUCUUUCCAUCAACCCUCAAUUCUCUUCCCUUUCAACAUGGUUACAAGAGAGGGCAAAAAUGUUUGUGUCCAUAUUCUCUGCACUGAUCUUUUUCCUAACUUGGUUAUCUUUUAUUUCUAAACUAAAAAGCCAGCCUCCUGGUCAUUUUUGGCUGUAAUCCUGUACACACUUACUUGAGAUUUGCUUUUGAAUAGUGCAUGGAUUGCACUGUUAGUUGCUUUCUCUUUUGGUACAUACAUACUAGCUCUGAUUAUUUGUCCAUGUAGCCCCAUACUGUCUGUUCUGACGGACAGGGAGUGUCCCACAGGGGACACUGGCAUCACCUGCUAUCAGAUCCCUUUUAGCUGAAGACACCGAGGGUUGAACCUGGAGCCACCUGCUUGGAUGCCUACACUUGUCACUGACUUGUGGUCCCCCCAAACACAUCACUCUUUCCAGCUCCUGAAUAUCCUAAUGGACGGGGAGCCGUCAGAACUCUAGUUUUCCAAAGGCAGUCACACUGCAGAUUUAUAUAAUGGCACUGUGGCAAAUAACAGUGUUAUAAGAAAAAAGUCUUCAUUUUGUCUCACAGUACUUCACAGCAACACUGAGUUUCUGGUUUUUACUGCCACAGAACAUUGAGUACUCUACUCAGCACUGACCCAGGGAAACCCUUUGAGUGAAGUGCACAUAUUAAUUACAUAUAUUGCCUCUUUGGGGACUGUCAGGUGCUUCUUGGGCAAUUUUAAAGGCCCAGUGAUAAAUUUAUCCAAAUCAGGAGUUAGGCAGGAAAACCCAUUUUUAAAAUGCAUUUUGGUUUCUAUACAUAACACAGUGGUGUCCUCCAGAUGUUAAUUGCAACUCGUAUCAGCCUCAGACUGAUGGUCAGGGAUGACAGGAGUUGUAGUCCAGCAAGAUCUGUAGGGCACCCCAUUGACAUAACAUGCAUAUAACUGGUGCUUGUUCUUGAUUGCCAGCUACUGAACUCAGAAUGGAGCAGCAGCAAACCUUAAAUAUUCCACACUCAGAAAGUUCUGAGACAGAGGAUGGCCAUGAGGAUCUGAUCCCAGCCAGAGCUGUUUGUUUUAGACGCUCCUCAGACUGCCCUUCAAAUCAGCUGUCCCCUUUCUCAUUCUGCGGCACUCCCUGCCUGCCAGCAAUCUAUUAGUGCUCCUCUUGCUCUGUUUGCUAAUGAAUAUACAGACCAAGGACUUUUCCAUUCACUUUAUCACCAUCUUCUAAUCAGCCUAUCAGAAAGUGCCGAACGAAGCUUUCAUUCAGCACGCUCUUUCUCUCUCUUCCCUCCCUCCCCAGCUUGUGGGAAGAGAUCCUUAGGAGAGAUCCUCCCCCCCUCCCCCCAUCCCUUCCUCCUGCCUCAUUGCUUUUCCCAAAGCCUCUGGCCAAAUCUCCGCCAAACAACAAAAACCAUCUGUUGAUAUCUGUGGCCAGCACAACCGCAUUCCUCAGGCUUCGGAUGUGCUGGAGAGGCUUGGGGUGGGGGUCUGUUUCUGAUAAAGCAAUUGCAGCUGUUCAGAUCAGGCCAGGAUUGCUGUCCGGCCAUGUGCUGCAAGAUGUCCCCAAGGCAGAUAAAUUAAGAGAUGGGUGGCAGGAUAUUUAUCACUGGAAAUUAGACCAGGAAGAAAUAGCUGUUCUCCACCCACGAGUGCUAUUUAGGAACCUGGAGGAACUCUCCUGCUGGGAUGACCUCAUCCAUUGCAAGGAAUCUGCUCCACCCUAAUACUCCUACAGUCUUUCUCAACUUCCACAGAGCAGGAAGUGCCUUUAUGGCAUUUGGCUCCCAAGCAAGGCAUCCUUGGCUGCUUGUGGACAGGGACACAAGGGGAGGUGGGUGGACAAGGAGUGUCCAUGCUGUAUGUACAAAACUCAGAUCAGGAUCAGGCCUGCAGGGACAAAAGUGGGUUAAUGCAGAAAUCAACAUCUAGCAGGGCUCUGGCAUUUGCCUCUGGUGUUCCAGACACGCGGCAGAUUCUGGCUCUUGAGUUCAACAGACUGGCUGGAUCUCUGCCGUAAGCCGAAGGAUGUCCCCAUGUCUCAGUUGGAGCAGGGGCUGAUGACUGAAGGUGCACAGCGCCAGCCACCACGUCAUUGUCUUUCAGAGCUAGCCAUUCCUAGCAAUGGUAACAUUACUCUUUAAAGCACCCUUUUCUCCAAGGCGGGGAUGCAAGUUCCGCGCCCCCCCCCCUUUGUUCUUGAGAUGCUUAUUAUGCUCCUAUGCAGAGAAAUUGUGUUGGUUCCAAUCACCACUGAAGGAGUGAUGACAUACCCUCCAACAUUUCUCCAGGGAAAAUAGGGAUGCUCUAAAUAAUCACAAUCAUAAUCAUAAUACCCAGCCCAUCUGACCGGGUUGCCCCAGCCACUCUGGGCACCUUCCAACAUACAUAAAAACAUAGUAAAAUAUUAAACAUUGAAAAAAGCUCCCUAUACAAGGCUGCCCUCAGAUGUCUUCUAAAGGUUGUAUAGUUAUUUAUCUCCUUGGCUUGGGGGUUGCAUAACUCCAUGCCCUUCAACAUUUCUGUGAUGAAAAUAGGGACAUCCUACCAUACCCUCCAAUAUUUAUCCAAUGAAAAUAGGGACGUCCUAAGGAAAAGUGGAGGGACAUGGGUGGCGCUGUGGGUUAAACCACAGAACCUAGGGCUUGCCGAUCAGAAGGUCGGCGGUUCGAAUCCCCGCAACAGGGUGAGCUCCCGUUGCUUGGUCCCUGCUCCUGCCAACCUAGCAGUUCGAAAGCACAUCAAGUGCAAGUAGAUAAAUAGGUACCGCUCUGGUGGGAAGGUAAACGGCGUUUCUGUGCGCUGCUCUGGUUCGCCAGAAGCAGCUUAGUCAUGCUGGCCACAUGUACGCUGGCUCCCUCGGCCAGUAAAGUGAGAUGAGCGCAGCAACCCCAGGGUCAUCUGCGACUGGACCUAAUGGUCAGGGGUCCCUUUACCUUUUUUAAGGAAAAAUGGGACAUUCCAGGUUCAGAUCAGAAACGGGGACAGCUUCUGUAAAUCUGGGGCUGUCCCUGGAAAAUAUGGACACUUAGAGGGACUGUGACAAUAACCCCUUCCUCAAGUUGGCUUUUGCGUAUGUGUCAGGGAGAGAAAGAGAGAGAGAGCUGUCUGGAUUGCUUAGUUCCUCAUUGUAGGGUACAGGCUGCACAACAUAUCAGGAAAGGCUGAAAAUGAUUAGACAUAUUUUAACUCUGAUAGAUGCCAUUUUCAAUUAAGCUGGGUAUAGGGCAAGGUUCAAAGUCCCAGUCUUGGAUGGAUUAAAAAAUAUAUUGUUCAAAAAGAGUGUGUUUUUGAAAUAAUUUGUUGCAAUGACUUAAAAUACCUCUUCUGAGAAUAUAGCAAUGUUAAUCAACACAAGUCAAUUCCCUCACCCUCCCUUCUCAUUUGGAAAGAAAAGGGAUUUGUGUGUUUAAUUGAUUUAUAAGGUUUGGAGAACCUGUGGCCCUCCAAAUGUUUUUGGAUUGCAGUUCCCAUCAUCCUUGACCACUGGCUCUGCUGGUUGAGGCUGAUGGGAGGUGAGAAUUCUGUCCCUGAUUUAUAUCAGUUAGGUGCUCAGUGUGUAGAAUGAAUGAUUUGACCAAAGGGACUGGGAAACAAUCACAGGUGGAAUGAAAGAACACUCCAUGCUUGCCCUACUUCAAUGGUGUUUUUUGUUUCCAAUGUUUAGACCUCUAAAAGUCUGCUGAAAGUUGGGUGGGGAAGCAGUUUUUCCGGUGGGAUGGAGAAAUGUGGGGGUUUAACUGUAAAAAAAACUAGACAAAAGCUACUGAUGCUAUAAGGUUAAUAGGAUUAUUUUUUCAAAUCCAAAUAAUUUUUAUUGGUUUUAAACGUUAAUAGGAUUAUAAACACUUUGGAAAAGUAGUUUUCCCAACUUCUUGUCCUGGAUGUGUUGAACAGAUAUAUGUCUGCAUCUUUGGAUGCUUUUAAGGUCAAGGAAUCCUUUCCGAUUACAGUAAAUGUGAGUAGGUCAGUCCAGAAGUAAUCAGGGGCAAAUGGAAAGUGGAAGAGAGUUAUUUUUAAACCUACAGUCAGAUUUUAAAAAGGAACCUGAUUGAAUGUGAAAAUGGAAGUUAGGAUAUUUUCUAAAGGAUGCAAAGGUUGCAAAAUGCUACCUCCCUUCUAGUGUCCCUGUUCCUACGGAAGAGGCAAGACACUCGUGCCAGUGAGCAGAAAUGGAGCUGGAGGCCGCCCCCCUUGGUCAGGUUCAGAGGAGGGGCAUACCAGGGAAGCAGCGUGCAUGCACUGUUUUUAAAACGUGAAGGGGACAUCUGACUUGAUGUCUAAGGGGUGGGAAAGACGAGCUUUUUCGAGGGUUCAGCUUGGCAGAACAUAGCUCUGCAGUCAGGCUCACCUCUGAAGGGCGGCUGGGAUUCCAUCAGACCUAGGAAACCUUUAUGUCAUCAUCUCCCCCUUUCCGCAUUUCUGUGUCCGACACACUCUUCCCUUUUUUCUUCUGCUCUUGAUAGAACAGACUUUAGAACUGUGUGUUCUCUUCCCAGCCCUACAACUUCCUUAAGACUGAGGCUAUCAUAGACUGGUGCGGUACUCCCCAUGCCUUGCCUUGAGGCAAGAUGGCUCCAUUUAUCUUCUCUCCUAGGGCAGUGGUUCCCAAGUGGUGGUCUGCGAACCACAGGGGAUCUGCAUAACCCACUCAGGGGGUCCAGGGCACCAUUCACAUAACAAAAACUACCACAGAGAUACCAGCAUUUUCCAAAAUAGGAGCUCCAUGGCUUGACAUUUGAAAAACAGGGGGUCUGUGGUACUUAGCUAAUUGGGAACCCCUGCUCUAGGACAAGACAAAUGAGCAGCCUAACUUCAAAAUGGUCAUUGCCCUAGUGAAGCACCACGAGUAAUCCAGCGGCUUUAUUUGCAUGUCACUUUAAACCACAGUUAACCUUCAUUGUGGUACAAAGUGGAAGCACAGCAUGCUGGUACACACUGCUGAAAUCGCAGGCAUUUUAGUAUGGCCCCCUGCUCUCAGAAACAAGAAUCAUGGUUUGUCUUUCUGCAAACAACAAAGCACAGGCUACAGUAUAAGCACAUUUUGUUUUUGACUUACUGCUUAUUGUUUACUUGGGGAAAACAAACCACAGAUUUAAGGCAAACCAUGGCGGAGCAGGGAAGGAGUGAAGUGGCUGCAAUUCUUUCUCUGUUCACCUUUAAACUAUAGUUAAAUUUAACUAUAGUGGUACCUCGGGUUAAGAACUUAAUUCGUUCUGGAGGUCCAUUCUUAACCUGAAACUGUUCUUAACCUGAAGCACCACUUUAGCUAAUAGGGCUUCCCGCUGCCGCUGUGCAAUUUCUGUUCUCAUCCUGUUCUCAUUUCUUAACCUGAAGCACUAAUUCUGGGUUAGCGGAGUCUGUAACCUGAAGCGUCUGUAACCUGAGGUACCACUGUAUAGUGAUGUGCAAAUGAGGACAAUGCAGCAAUGUCCCCCUGAUCACACAUUGCCUCUCAAGGUAAUCACGUGAGUUGCUUGUGGAGUUGAGCCAUCCAUAACCAAACCAGACCUCCUGAUGCAAUACGUCAUGUCUGUUCUGUUCUCAGCCAAUUCCAGCUUUUGUGCUUAUCAUAUUUUUCUCUAGUUUUGCGAAUGUAGUGACAACUUGGUUCUAACUUGUUUUUUAUUUAUUUCUGUUGAGCCAGCUGUCAUCCAGUGAGGGAGUGUACCAACUUUUGAGCCACUCUUAGCAUUUUCAAAUGAGUGCAUUCAUAAGAUUGUACCUUUGUGGUCUGCAUGAAUUAACCCAGGGCAACUACCACCCUCCAAGUUGUGUAAUGAUCACACAUUCCUUAUACACAAGAUUGCAUCCUUGAUUCUUGUUCAUGAUGUGAACUGGAAUUUCCAUUCCCUGCAUCAGUAUGUCCUCGAUGAUGGGAAAGAGCCAGACUUUUACUACUCUUUUCUGUGUACAACAGGACUGUGAUUAUUUCUUCAUUUCUAAAAACAAUAUUGUAUUUUUUUUUAAAAAAAAUUAUAUACCACCCUUCAUUAUAAAAUUCCAGAGUGGUGUACAGGAUACAAUUGCACAGCAAUAAAUAACUGUAAAAUAAUUAAUGAAACAAUCUACAGUAGAAAUCAUAUCACUUAAAGCUAGGGACUAAAAAUUAGCAAAUGCUUGAUUGAAUAAACAAACAAACAAACAAACAAACAAACAAACAGGUCUUUAACAAGUGUCAAAACACAACUAAGGAUGGUAAUUCCAGAAGCUGGGUGCCAAAACAGAAAAGACCCUCCAAAACAGGGGUGCCAACUUGAAUAAAAUAUUGGGGGGGGAGGUAAUCCCCACCCCACAUAAUUGAUCACAUGACACGCCAAACAUACAGUAUUUGAAUGGCAAUGCCCAUGAACUGGGGGGCAGCCCUCUCAAAUAUUUUAUUGGGGGGGGGCAAAGGGACCUCGGCCCCUAGGAGUUGGCUCCUAUGCUCCAAAAGAUGUACAUGAGCAGGUAAAAAAGGAAGCAGGAAGCAGUGUUUAAAAUCAGCCAGGCACAUUUUGCACCUGUCUAUCAACCAAGUGAUGAUGCCUGGGAGCCAGGAUGACGCCUCACAUCUCCACCAUCUGGAGGUGCAUACCUGGGGGAUCAUUGGAUCUUGACUGUUUUCACACACUAGUACCACAUCCUGUAGAAUUCUAUCAGUUCUAUUUUAUCUGCACAAUUGUAAUGAAUUUCAGAAACCAAAAUGCUUUUUCUGUACAGCCUGAAUAGGCACAGUCACCAUUAAGAAAAAGAGGUUGGAACAGGCCAGUUUCUGUGUGGCCUGUCCCUGGAUCAAGUGACUUUUCUUCUUUAAGCUCUCAAAGUUCUUAACCAAGCUCAAGGUUAUCAUUUGAGCUAGCUGGAUGUUUAACUGAGAAUCACUCGCAGUCAGUCCAUCAUUAGAAAAAUAAGAUGUUAGAGCUGUCUUACCCAAAAGUGGCAACUAAACAUACCGUUUGGGUGACUGUAACCUUGGUUUAAGGAGCAUUUGAUGCAUCGCUUAUAUAUCUGAAUUUCUAACACUGGCAGGAAGGCCUGAUUGGUAGAUCUUAGUAAACAGCCAAGUCAGUACGGAAAAAGGUGGUCUUUUUGAUAACCAGAUCCCAACUUGUUUGCUGUUAUUAUUAUCAAUAAUUUGUUAACCACCAACCAUCUCAAGGCAAUGUACAGUAAAAACAGCAAAAAGACAGUUAAAAAGACAGCCAAGACAUUUAAAACAAAACAAAAGCAAUACAAAGCAAAACAAAUUCCAUGGCAAAUACACAUUUAUCCAGCUAGGAAAGCCUGUUGGAACAAAUAUGUCUUCAAUGGUUUCUGGAGCAUGAAAAUAGUGCUGCCUGUUUUAUCUUGACAGGAAGGCUAUUCUACAGAACAGGGGCAACCACACAAAAGGCCCUGCUCUGAGUUAAUCCAUUGUGGGUAUCUGAAAUCUUUGGAACUUUUGGGAGAAACGUCUCUAUGGGUUGCAAGGUUCUACUGAGAUAAUGCCAUCUCUCAAGCAACCGAGUUUAGAGCUACAUAGGGCCUUAUAAAUUACAGUGGUACCUCGGGUUACAGACGCUUCGGGUUACAGACUCCACUAACCAGUAAGUUGUUGCUCCAGGUUAAGAACUUUGCCCCAGGAUAAGAACGGAAAUUGCGCGCCAGCGGCAGCAGGAGGCCCCAUUAGCAAAAGCACGCUUCAGGUUAAGAACCGUUUCAGGUUAAGAAUGGACCCCUGGAACAAAUUAAGUUCUUAACCUGAGGUAACACUGUAGUAACAUCACAUUGAACCUGACUUGGCAGCAGACUGCCAGCCAGUGCAGCUCCUUUAGCAAAGGUAUAACAACCUGCUUACAGUAGCUCACUCCACUCAGCAGCCUCACCACCAAGUUGUGCACAAGCUGCAGCUUUUGCACCAGCCCACAUAGAUCAUAUUGCAAUAAUCCAGUCUUUGAGAUUGCCAGGGGAAUUCCAGAGAAGUUGAAGCUAGGAGAUAGUGACUGAUCUAAAAGCCCCUGCUGUGUAUUUUGUGUCUGAGCAUUUAUCAAAGUUAUCCACUGGGGGGGACAGACUUCUGUGCCCUUGGGCAGCUUCCAUUCAUUUCAAAGGGGCUUGUGCAAGAGAACUUCCCCAUUGAACUGUGCCUCAUGGGUCAAUUUGGUCUGCUUCUUUCUCUCUUUUUCUUGCCCUUAUAUAUUGUUUUCUUUGUUAGUGUUUUGAAUCUCACAUCUGAAUAUAGAAUAUUGUUUGCAAUCUUGUGAAAUUAUAUUUAAUAAAAUUAAAAAAUUAAAAAUCCACUAAGGAGGGAUUAUCAGAAUACAGUAGUGGCUUUAUGCAGUAUCCAUAGAACUAAACCUAUACAGUAUCAUAAUUCUGUGGGAUCUUAGAAGAAAAUGCAGAAUGAGGGACUGAGCACAGAAUUCAGCUUCCAAAAGAAUCUUAGCUUUAGCUGAAAGAGGAGGGGAAACUAGUCCUAUUGGCUGCAAAUAUAUGAUUGAAACUGUGCCAAAUGUGAGCCGGUGUGGUGCAGUGGUAGAGUGUCAGACUAGGAGCUGGGAGACUUGGCCACAGAACUCACUUCCUCUCAGCCUAACCUACCCCACUGGGUUUUUGUGGGGAUUAAAUGAGGAAAAGGAGACCCAUUUUCACUAGCUUGAGUUCCUUGGAGAAAAAGGUGGAAGAUAAGUGUAAUUUUAAAAAUUGCUUUCACAAUCUCAAAAGAAAGAGGAGCUGCCAAGUAUGAUCUCUAGUGACUGUGGACGAGGCUUCUUUGCAACUUUUUGCCCCUUCCUGUGAUGUAUAAACUCAUAAUUGAUUUGCAUAAUUCUGUUUGCAUAAUUUGUACAGAUUGCAGAACUCAACUUUUCUUGAUGCAGAAUUUUAGCAUUUGCAACACAGAGCACAAGCAACCCUCUGCGUCAGUUCUGGGGUGUGUGUGAUGCAUCGGCACAAGCCUUCAGCUUGUAUGUAUUCAUGCUUCCCAUCAGACUUUCCUUCUGGAGUGCAGGGUUGUACACAUCAUUAACGGCUGCCUGAGCCAUUGGAGCAGCAAUAGCACUUCUCGGUUGCUGCAUCUGGACAGUCUCUGGGCUGCUUGAAAACUACUCCAGCUCUGAGUCUGACUCCAGCUACAGCUGCCUUCACUGUGGUGUGCUGCUCAAGCACUCUUGCGUCUCAGCCUGCCUGCUGUCUCUUGGUCCCCCAUUCAUCUGUUGUUUGGGGAUAUUCUUCAUUUCCCAUUCUUCUUAACAUAUUAACACGGAGGUUUUUAACCUUGACCAACUACACUCUUUAUGUGGCACCCCUGUGGGGCUCACGAGCCCAGUUAUGUCCCCCCCCCCCCGCCUGCAGAGCUGGCAGCCUCUCAACCUUUUUCGAACACCUUGCCUUGUGGAGUGUUCCCUCAGGCUCCUCUCCUUGAGAGUCCUCUGGGCAGCCACUGCUGCUGCCCCUGGUCUCUGAGCUACCCCCACUCCACCCCAAAGAGAGGUGCCUCCUCACACUGCCCCACAGGGGCCUGGGAAGAGGAUGCCCCCAGCCUUAGAGGCCCAACAAAGAUUGACCAAAGGUGAACAUGAGGCUAGCAGUUUACCUUGGGAGACAGCAGUGGGUGCUGCCAGGCCUGUGUGGUGGAAAGGCUCCCCUUCAGCACCAGGUACGCAGCUCCCAGGCAGGCCUUGCACACAGCAAGCACAAGAAAGGCCAGCUCAGCACAUGCCUGCCUGCCUGGCCUCCCAACAGCAAGGGCUGGCGGGCUGGGCUCCCUCACCCCCUUGCUCGCUUACUUCAAGGCCACCGCAGCUCCUGGCAACCAGCUCCGCUGACCAGCCCCAGAGGCGCCCUUCAUCUGGAGAGCUUGUAACCAGGGCUGCUGCAACAAGCAGUCAUGCAAGCCUUUGGGAGGCAGACACGAGAGGGCAUCAGAAGGAGGUAAGGAAAGAGGGACAGAGGUCAGUGGUGCCCGAAGCACCACUGACCCAAAGGUGCCCCAGCACACUGGUUGAAAACCACUGUAUUAACAUAUUCCUGCUUAGCAUGCUUCUCAGCUCUCUUGCUUAAUUUUUUAAUACUCAGAGUAUUUUAAUACUUUGUUGUUUGCAUGGUUUCUUUCUCUGGCUUGUAGCUCUUUUCUCUUCUUGGCUUCCCAGUAGUUAAUUCCCUCCCUGCUCCCAAACAAGUAUUCCCUCUUGCCUCUGCCAGUGACUCAACAGCCCUAAGCUGUAGGCUGGGACAUGCCUGGAUAUGAUUUUGGGGCUGGCUCUGCUGGUGCAUCUCAGCAUCCUGGUUUAGUGCGGGAAUCCUGCCGGGUCACGGUGCAGGAUCCACUUUGUAAAGGUCCUCACACCUGAGAUGAGAACAAGCAUCACUUGAACAGCAUGGGAGACGCAUUUGAGGAACCCUCAACCAACCGAAGGUUGGAAAUGCAGCCUUUGAAGGGGUUUGGUAGGGGAGUGAAUGUGGUGGGCUAAAAGCUGCUGCAGUCAUGUGAUCAGAAGUUGUCUGCCCCCUGCAUUUAUAGAAUAAGGCAUGGUUCACAGAAAGCAGCUCCUGCUGUAUUAUUUAUUAUAUAUUUAUUUCUAUAAAAUUUAUACACAACUUGAUUGUAAAAAUCCUCAAAGCGGUUUACAAAAAGAUAAAACAAGAAAAUCAAGAAAAAAUCCCAGCCAUACUUUAAAAUAUACAAAAGUUAAAAUACAAAAACAGUCAUUCUCUCCCUUUCCGCACAACCUGGACAAAUGUGUGCUGUAACCAUGUAAGGCAGGCAUGGGAAACUGGCAGCCUUCCAGAUGUCACUGGCCUCCCAACUCAGAUCAGUCUCAACCAGCAUAGCCAAUGGUCAAGGAUGAUGGGAGUUGUAGUCCAGCAGCUUCUGAGGGGGGCCCUUGUUCCCCACCCCUGCUAUAAGGAAACCUAAGUGUGAAUCAGACUGCAUGUUCUGUGGUUGAGGCAACUCUUUCAGUCAGAGCAAUUGUUGUGAAUGCUACUUCUAUAAAGCCCAUGUCACAUUCGUGCUCCGCACACAAUCUUGUGGCUGAGAGGGGUCUGUCAGAUCUUGAAUGUGGGAGAAGCUGCCUGUUCAAUACUGCUUUUAGAAAGCUUUUAAAAGCCUACUCAAGCAGCCACUUUCUGCAUCCUCUUUAUUUGGUUCUGGCACUGUACAGUUAGAAGUUGUAGAAACCAGCUGAGGGGAUUGUUUGAAAAUGUUCUGUGUGUUUUUGCAUGCAUAUGCAAGCUAUCCCUGUAGCAUCUUCAACUAACACAUUUAUUGACAGGAUGGCUUUCACUGGCAAGAGAGGAAUCUGAAUGUGAAAAUAUGAAGUUGCCUUAUACUGAGUCAAACCAUUGGUCCAUCUAGUACAGUAUUGCCAUCUCAGACUAGCAGCAGCUCUCCAGAGUCUUUCAUUCUGGGGAAUUUUGUAGUCCUGCUCUCAAAUAUCAUUUUAACUGGAGAUGCCACAGUGGGUAGUAGCCCUGUGUGCCUGAUGCAGUUCCUGCAGACUCCAUGGUCUACAUCUCCUUAGAUGUGGACAUACACUUCGUAUCCCUUCAAAGCUGGUAUCUGGUUAUGCUCUAUGGCAUUGUUGGCUCACAAAGCCUGAUCCUAUGGCCUUCCUUUCACGUGCUAUGGGAGCAUUUUCCCAUUUGCUUCCUUUGUCCAUGGCAUUUACCGUACUAGCCUCUCCAGCGCUGUGAUGAGGUUGACCUUCAGAAAGAACAGUGAAACUGACUAGCAUCCCCACAUGCUUCAAGAGCGUUGUUACCCACUGUUGUCUGAAAAUGAGGUGCAGGUAUUUUUACCUCUUCUCUGUUGUUGUAAAGGAUGAGGCAGAGCCCUACAAUGUGACAAAAGUGCAUGAAUCCAUUCAUUCGGCUUUUUUCCCUCUCUGUAAUAUUUGCUGCUGCAAAAGAGAAGUUUGCUUCUUCCAAACUUCACUAAAGUCCAUAAGAAUGUAGCAGUUGAUCUCAAAAUUGCUGGUGCCCCCGUUUCAGUUACCUGAAAAGGUUCCCAAUAAUUGCUUCUCUCCAUGCAGCCACAUAUGAGACACUAGUUUGGGGUCUAUUGUUACUAUACUUCUCCAUCAGAAGAAAAUAUUACUCUCUGUAUGUUAAUAUUGCUUUUGAUGUAAUGAUGGGCAUCCCAGCAUCAAAGCCUUCUCCGAAGUCUCACUGGCGCUUUAGGAUGCUUUAUGAGAUGUUAGCAUGUGUAUUUCUGAUGUCGGUGCAUCUGCGUUCUCAUGUUGUUUGAUCAGUCACUGGUUCAGGAACCUUUAGUGCUGCUCCACAAUUUUCUUCCCUUCCUCCUGUGGUCUGUUUGGGGCCAUAUACCACUCAGUCACUUUUUCAGGUUUACAGAUUCCAUUCUGAUUGAUCAUAAGACUGUUCUUUCUGAUCCAAAGUAAAUAAGACAUCCAGAAUCUCUUACUACAUCAGUUUUCAACCUUUUUGAGUCCAUGGCUCCCUUGACCAACUACAUUCUUUCUGCGGCACCCCUGUGGGGCUCAGGAGCCCAGUUAUGUCACCCCCUGCCUACAGAGCUGGCAGCCCCUCACCCUUUUUCGAACACCCUCCCUUGUGGAGUGUUCCCUCAGCCUCCUCUCCUCUCCCCUCUCCUUGGGAGUCCUCCAGGCAGCCACCAAGGAAAAAAUAUUGCUCUUCCUUUCAUGCAUGCGAGUCCGUAACUGUCUUAAGCAGUAUUUUCGUUGUCGUCAGUUUCAAAUAAAUGUUGCUAAAUGAAUGGUAACCUCUAGAAACCCUUUUCAUAGCAAUCAGCCGUCUUGUUUUGUCUAGGUAUUUGAGCUAUGGUUUCUGUUCUAGAUGCAUCAAGUUUUAAAGCUUCUUUGAGUAAGAUACAGCUGAUGUAUUUUGUUUUUGAAAUGGCAAAUUUGCAUUUUCCUUUAUUCAAUUUCAGAUUCCUCUGGGCAGUUGUCUGGAAUUAUGUUCUGGUAUGGUAUUUCCCCACAUGAGAACAUAAUCUAUAGUGGUACACUUCUGUUAUUUCACUCUAGACUUACUCAUCUUACAGACGUUUCCACUUUUUCAAUGGUCAUGUGUGUUAUUUCACUUACUUCAAAUUGCAGUAAACCAGCCUUGCUGAGUUGGUGAGUCCUCCUGCUGAAAGGAACCCCUUACCUCUGUCCCAAAGUCCUGACCUGGUGACAUCACUGGUGCGCUGAUGGCAAAAGUGGGCAAAUCAAAGGAUGUGUAGGACACAUUCUAACUAUGCAAAAUUCAGAGGUUUCUAUCCCCACGCCCCACAUCUCUGCAUCCUUCAUCCAGGCAAACAAAGAAGCAUUAUCACUAGGAUCCAUUCCAGCCCAGGAAAAACAUUUGAGGGCAAGGAGGCAAGCAGUGUGGCCAGGAGAAGAGUCCCAAGGGAUGGAUAGAGAGGCCUGGAAGGAUUUAUUUGGCCCUCAGGCCUGAGGUUUCUCAUCCCUGUUAUAAAGGCAUGAGUCCAACAAGCCACAUUGUCUCUAAUCAGGUGGCUGAAAAUGUUGUCUUAAGAACUGAUUUAUUCAUAUUUUGCGAGUCCAAACAUAUUCCUAUUUUGACUCUGCCAGGCCUGUCCACAUCAGAUGAAUUAGGCUUUUCUGUAAAUCCUUCUGCUUUGAGUAUGAUCUUCAGCUUUUCUGAACAAUUCAGCCCUUCCUUUUAACGUCUUCUUAAUGCCAUUGGAACCUUACGACUUGCAUGAAUUACAAGUAGGACCUGCGGAUCCCUGUGGAGGGAUGGGGAGACAGUGUCCUUCCUGAUGCUGCUGGACUAGAACUCCCAUCAUAUCUGACCAUUGGCCACACUGGCUGGUAGUGAUGGGAGUUGGAGUCCAACAACAUUUGGAGGGCCACAGCUUACACUCUGGUAAUAAGGCAUUGCAUGAAAUUUGAAACACAUCCUUAUUGCCUUUGUCAGCAUCCCAUUUUGAUUUGUUUCUAUUCAAUUCAGUCCUUUGUACCAAAUUAGUCAAAGAUCUCAGACUCAAUACAUAUUGCCCACAAAAAUCUACCACUGGAACUCUUAACUGAGCUACUUUGUCUUUUUACCUGCAGUUCAGAUUACGUUUAUCAAGCACUUGCAGUCUUUUUCCAGACUGCUUGGCAUUUUAAUGCUGAGGUGGAUCAGCUUGCAAUGCUUUCUUUCUUUCUUUCUUUCUUUCUUUCUUUCUUUCUUUCUCUUUCUUUCUUUCUUUCUUUCUCUCUCUCUCUCUUUCUUUCUUUCUUUCUUUCUUUGCAUGACAUUACCCACUUCGGUGUCCUGUAGCUUAUUGAGAAAUACUCCUGUCUGAUGCACUUUCUCUCAAACCAACUUCCAUCCAAUUUGAAAACAGAAGCUACAGUUAAACUGAGAUGGGUACAUUUCAGGCAGCAGUGGAACAGGUACAGGUGGCAGCCCUGGUGAAUCGGAGAUCAGCACAGGAAAAUAAAUUGGUUAAUGGGCAUUUGGUGAAGACAUCUCUAUUCUUCCUCUGCUCUGAACAGCAAUGUAUGAAUAUGACUAAGAAUCCGGGGGGCGGGGGGCGGGCGAAUUUGCUGCAUUUCAAGCCACUGAUUAUUAUGCACGUGAAUGUGUACAUACCCAGGGUCAGGAAACAUGGGGAUCAUGGGAACUGUAGUUUAAGGGUGCUGGGAACUGGAGCUCCGUGAAUUGGAGCUUGCAGUUCCCAAUAAUCUAUUUUGUUGUGUGUGGAGGGGGGGUGCACUUAAAAUAGAUGGUAUGUACCCAGCCUUAAUCUUAUCAACUGUAAUAUCAUUGUCGAUAUUAGCAUUGUAGGUGAGGAUUUUCUUAACUUCCGCAUAAAGAUGCUGAAAUGCAUACACUAGACAGCAUCUUUAGUUCCUUGGUGCUUUAAAGAAACAACUUGUUUCCUUCAAAAGAGCAAGGAAAUUCUGGACCUGAAGCUGACUAGGUUAACCUGCCCACGUCUUUGGGGGCCAGUUGCAAUUAGCAGCAAAAUGGCUUCAUUUGAACCUUGGCUGCAUCUCUCAGAAUACAUUCUUGCUUGCUUUUUUAAAGGAUGCUGAAGAGUAAAAGACCCAUGUAACAAUUGCAGAGCCCAAGCAAUCAAGGCAGGGAACCUGUCUUGCAACUUUUCAGAGUGGUUCGGUUUUGAAUGGGGGAAAAGUUGGCUCUGUUAUGUCCCCCCCCCCCAAAAGCUCCCUAGCCCAAAUCCACAAAACAGUUUUGCAACUGUUUUUAAAAAAAUAUGUUAAAGGGUCAUGUAUGUGUGGUCUCUAUAUCUAUAAUAUAAAUAUAAUAAUUUGCUAAAGCUUUGGGGAGAUGGAUCCAUCCUGUUAGUUUGCUUUGAAAGAUGCCACAGAAAUCGAAGUGCCCCAAUCCAUCAGCUGCUGUGCACAGAGGAAGCUUUGUACCUGCACAUCAAACUAAGUGACCCCUUCUGCUUGUGUGACUCUCUGUCUGCCAGGCAGCCUCGUGGAGCUUUGCUUUGCUUUGCUUUAUGUGGUCUUUGGCCAUCACUCUUGGGUCUUGACACAAUUCCCAGAGUUUGGGUGGGGAGCGUUGAGUUGCCCUCUAGUACAGCGCUGUGAAAGUAGCAGCUUGCUGCGGCAGAGAUGCGAGGGCUUGGAUAAGGACACUGGAAAUAUUUGGAGAAUUAGUUCAGAUGCCAUCUUUAGCAUCUUAGCAUUCUUCCCCGGAGAGGAGGUGCUUGUGCAGGGAUUCUUCUCCUUUUGUGUUAUGGAAACUGCUGGUGCCCCCUCUCCAAACCUUUUCAAGCCAAUGUUUGUAGGAAAGUGACUGGAAGGCAGCCAGAGACAAACACACCUUUUGCCACAUGCAAGUGAGUGGGUGCAAAUCAUUUGUUUUCCUGGGUUAUCGUAAUGUUUGUGUUGCAGCUGUAAGGCUAGAGACAAGCAGUUAAAAACCGUUCAGAAGGCAAAUGUUUUGAAGGGCCCUUGUGGCCCACACUCCCUUCCAUAAUGAACCUACACCCUCACUGUAGGAGAGCCCUUGGCAGCCUGGUGCCCUCCAGGUGUUCUUAAGAGACUACAGUUCCCAUGAGCCCCAGCCAACUCCAGCAACAGUUGGAGGGCACCUGGUUGGCAAAGGCUGCUGCAGGACGUUAAGGGGAGCCCUGCUGGGGUGUGAUUCUUUGGAAGAUGCCUGGCCAUGCUGACCCUCCAUGCCAGCUCUAGGUAAAUACGUUUGGUAAAUUUUUGUAUUUCAAAAAUCUGCAAAAUGUGUUUGUCAGAGGGGUGGUGAGGUAAAAACAGGGUGUCUCCCAACUGUCUGCCUCCAGCCAAAGCGCUGGUGUUUUUUCUCAGAACGUCUUCCUAUUCACUCUUCUGUUUCCUCAUAACUUCUCUCUUGCAGCUUCGUGUUUUAGGAAUGCACUCCCCUUUGACAUUCACCUUCCUCCUCCUUGUUUUCCAAAACCUGAAUCAAGAUUCAUCUUCCCUCCUGAGUUUUUCCACACUGGCUCCACAAAUUUGGCAUUUUGAGAGCAUUCUGUCCUGCCCUUCCCUGUUUUCUGCUUUGCUUUUUCCAAAUAUGAGCCUGCCCGACAAGCAUCAUGUAUUUCUUCUGUAGGUUGCUUAAUUUUUAAGUACUUAUUACAUGUUUGUCACCCCAUCUACCCAAGUGGAGACUUUGGUACAUGAAAAGCCUAUUGCAUUACAACAUAGGUCGGCAAACUAAGGCCCGCAGGCCGGAUCAGGCCCAGUUGCCUUCUAGAUCCAGCCUGCGGGCGGUCUGGGAAUCCAGGCAGCCAGCAUAGUGCACGUGCGCAAUGGUUUUUGUGACUCAGCCAGGCUUGGGGGUCAAAAGUGUUUGAAACAGGCCCCUUCUCCGUCUGUCCCUCCAUCGCGCGUGUGCAGCAAUCUUUUCUUCCGGGGUGGGGGGUGGGGAAGAGGGGAAAGGAGCCACAGUUCGGAUUUCCACCAUGGAGCUGCCGGCGACUGACCUCAGGAAGGGGCUCAGAGGCGCCUCAGGAACAACGCCCGUCGGUGUCUGUGACGGCGGCACUCCCUGCCAGAGAAAGCCAGGAGCGCCUGGGCGGCUGCACUCUGAGGCCGUUCUGCGCUCUGCUGGGGAGGCCACUCGUUAGCUACACGGCGUGAGCCAUGGAAAGAUAAAUAGCUUCUGCCGCCUCGUCUUCCCUCACGCGGGGAAAAGUACAUUUUUGCUUGAGCAGCUCCCGCCUGGCUUAGCGUGGCCAACGGCUUUUACCUUCACCCACACAUGCGCACACGCUCUGCAGGGCUGACAGGAAUAGCGCUCUUACCUCAGCCCCCCACCAGGCCUUAUGAGAGAAAUAAUAACUGCCAACGCGUAAAACACAAAAGAAGCAACGUUGAGGGAACAACCCAUCCCCCCAAAUCGCAUUUGGGCAACGUUGGGGUUGGUCCCAAUAAGGGUUUUUGCCAAAAAUGCAGGUCGUAAUCAUGGCAACAUACAUAAUCAUGGCCCCCCACAAGGUCUGAGGGACAGUGGACCGGCCCCCUUCUGGAAAGGUUUGCUGACCCCUUCUUUACAACAAGGAUGCAGCGAAGCCGCUAACGGCAACGCUACAUGUUAGAAUUGCUUUGGGAAACAUGAGUGUUGCACCAGUGCACAUGUGAGUCUCAAUGCAGCAAAUGCAUGAAGUGGGGAAAUGGGCCAGUCAGGUUCCCCACAUUUACACCCCCUUUUUUAUCUACCCACUUUGCCAUUGUGAGGUUGGAUUAGAAGGCCCUUUGGCACUUUCCAGCUGGUCUCUUCUCGUGUUCACUUGCUUCACUGCAAUACUUUCCCUCAGCGCUCCUAAGGUGUGGUACUGCGCAAGGAGUGUGGGCUGUAAGGAAGGAGGUCUCUCUCUCAUGUCCUCCCCCUGUGCUCGGGGGCUUCUGUUCACUCCAGAGGGUCUGCUGUGAAAGAGAGUUCUCCCGCCAGCUAUGCCCCGUGGAUCAGAUAGGUCUGUCUGGGACAGGCCCAUAAUUUGAUGGUAGAGCAAAUUUUGCAUACAUAUAAUUUCAGCUUCACUCUCCAGUAGAAAGGAUUGGGAAAGACCCAUGCUGGACUUUGGAGAGCUGCCCAGAUGGAGGUGAUUAUAUAUUAGACUGGGUAGACCAGUGGCCUGACUCUCAAUGAGCAGCUUCAUAUGUGUCCCACCCGGAUGCUGGCACCAAAAGCCUGCCUCCUGCCCCUGCUAUCAGUGUUAACCACAAGCUUCCCCAUUUUACCAUCCUAUCCCUACCCAGUCUGUGGAUAUAUCUCUUCCUGCUUUGCUUUCUAUUUCUGUUUUUAAUCUCCUUUAGUGAGGAGGAAUUGAUCCCAUUUAUCUGCCCCGGUGCCCUUGGGAUGUAUAGUGGGUGGGUGUUUCUGGGCUGUCUGGUCUUGAGAUGAAUGAGCUUUUGGGAGGGGCAAGCAGGGAACAAGGCCUCCUUCUGUGUGUGUAAUGAGCUCCCUUGGACAGCAGGAAGCUUGUGUCUUGGGAGGAUCCAAACAAGCUGCCUUAUUGUCGCCAGAACAGCUAUCAGUGACAGAGCUGGAGGAGCAAAGGCAGCUUCAUUCUUCUAGCAAAGCUAAAUCCAGAGCAAGCAGCCCUAAGGCUCUGCAAUGGGCCAUGGGGAGAAAGGCAGGAGGAGUCGGGACAGUAUUUGUAUGGGAUGGAGACUUGUAAGUCACCACUGGGGAUUUGCUGGCCGGAGGUGUGCCAUUCCUGCAGCUUUCAGUGCCAGCAGCUUGUCAUCUCUCAAGGGUGAUCUGGAUCAGGCAUGGGAAUUGUUCAUUCUUCAUCACGCAUAUUUUUCAGGGAGCAAAAAUGAUGGUCUGUUAGAGGAGCUUAAUGGCUUAUACUGUUAGUAUUCAUGCCAUGUCCACCUUCCAGCUGUCAGAGAAGUGUGACUGGUUCUCCAUUGCUCAGCCUUCGUUUUUAAUUAGUUUUUUGGGACUUGCAUCAAAGAAGCAGCACUUAGAACAGUGUCAUCUGCACGGCAGCCAAGGAGGAGACACGAGCAAGGAGCCUUGUCAUACUGCAACUGCUGCUGCAGCAGCAAAAGGAAACAUAGAGGAAAGAGAAUAUGGUGGUUCUAAAGCAGUGGCAACUCCUGACCAAGCAAAAAGUAAGCCGAGCAAGAGUGGCAGCAGAGGCAGAUCAGGGGAAGGAUGAAAGUGGGAGGGGGGCACGCAGUGUGAUCUGCCCUCAGCCCACCCCCCAGCCUGGCUUGGUCCUGCUUGCUUUUCCAGUUUUGGGUUUUAUUUUUUUAAGUGAAAUACAGGGCAAAGGACUGGUGACUGCUGGAUCCUGAAGCUCUAAGGACUCAGCUAGACUGGUAAAGAAAAAGCUAUUUAUAUGUGUUGUAUGUGCGAUAUAACAUUGUGCCACCAGAUGGCGACAUGGAGUCCCGUUUUUCUCUACCAGUUUUCCCAGUUUAAAUUUACAACAUUUUAAACCGAAACGCUUCUUUGAUCCAGCCUCUAUCAGAGUGUUUCUGGUGCUUCUUUAGAACUGGAUUCACUUGAAUGGUCUGAGACAGGGAGUGUUUCUAGUUCUAAAAAAUAUAGCCCUAAAAAGCAGAUUUGAGCCUGUUUUAUCCCAAGGCUCCCUGCGAUUACCAGCUUGUCCACCCCUAAUUCUCUCCACUAGUAUUUUGACUCCUGGCAGGAAAAGUUGUUCACUGUGAAGCUGUAGCAUUCUAGCCAAAUCAAUAACAUUUAUGCAAGCUAUUUGUGUGUGUGUGUGUUCUCUGAUUUUCGCAUGUGUCAGUGGUCACAUACUGCUUUUGCACACUGUCCUUAAAAAAACAAACCUGAAAAACUGGAUUCUGCAUCCUCUAUAAAUUAUGCAAUCUGCAAAAACUUACAUGCUAUUCAUUGGGAGCAGCAAGCAGCUUUGCAACAAUCAUCCCUCUGGCUUUUGAGUUUUCACUGCCCACACAAUUUGAGCAUAUCUUCAUAGUAAUAAAGGCUACAAACCACAACCACCUCCUCCUUUUUCUUUUUUAAAAAUAAAAGCUGUGAUUCUUGAGAAGCUGGAUUCCACGCCCAGAUCUGCACUUCAUCCUUUUUCUAUACUUCCACGAAAAACCCUUGUGAGUUAAGACAGUAUUAUUAUCAUCAUACCUAUUGUUAGUGACUAACAUUCUCUUUCUCUUGGUGUAUGAUGUACACGAAGUUAGUUUUAUGUACAACUUUGUGUGGUGUUAUAUAUGAACUUGUUUUAAGUUAUAUUGAACCAGUUGCUGCUCUAAGUGAAGGUCACAUGGGCACAUACAAGCCAGAUAGAACUGGGGACUAAUGAGUGGGUGGGCCAAAAUACCCACCCUAGCAGAUGUCCUGACAACACCACCUCAACAGCCAGUGAUUUGCUUCCACGAUUUUCCUCUCUGUUCCUGGGCCACAACCUUCAACAGGGAGUGAUGGAAAAAACCACCUGUGCCCCACAGCCCUUCAGCUUCCUGCGCAGAGGUUCAUAGUCCAUUGCUAUACACAAAAGACUGUGUCUGGUAGUAUCAUUUGUACCCACAUGUGGUCAGGGGGCUUUAUAAGACAACUUCUCUGUUACAUUGUGAAAUUUAUAUUUCUUGCUGUUAACCAUAUCUCUAUAUAUUUUACGUUUUUCUUGAUUAAUAAUCCUGCUUUCCCCCUCUAAUUCUUUUUUCUUGCUAUCCUUCAUAUUUUCCACUAACAUUUUAGUUUUACUAACCUGCAAUUUCUCCAGAUUUUUAAAUUUUCUUCUAACGCCUUUGGGAUGGACUCCGAUGUUUUCUCUAAUGAUAGCCCUCCAUGUCUCUUGGUCCUAUGUACACCAUGAGGCAGGACUCUGGGCUCCCCCGCAAAAUACCUUUACAAAAACCUCUCUUUAGAAGUCUUGGUCAUGAGCUUCCAGAAGCCAAUCUAGUUUCCCACCUGGAUAAAAUAUUAGUGUAGUCAGAAGGAGCAGUGUAGCAUGAGGUUAAACUGACGUUGGUGCAGCCCUGACACUGGUAUAUCACCCAGGUGAAAAAUAGGCUGUGUAACAUUUGCUUGAUCCACUCUUAACGUUGAUCCAAGCCAGGUCCGCUGCUUCUUUACUGGGUCAGUGUGCUGAGAGACAGUAGAGGACAAAGCUGGGGAAACAAGUCACUUGCUGUCCCCUGAAGUAAGUCACUUUAAACUGGACCAGUUGAAUUGCUGUUGUUGUCUUCUUUUGUACGAAGUUCUAUCCCACUUCUCUUUGGCCCAAUCUGCACUGUACAUUUAAAGCAGUAUCAUACCAUUUUAAGCAGUUCAGGCUUCUCCCAGAGAAUCCUGGGAAGUGUAGUUUGGUAAGUGUGCUGAGAGUUUUGUCAAGGCGCCCAUUUCCCUGACAGAGCUACAAUCCGCAGAGUGACUUAACAGUCAGUCCCUCUUCCCAGGGAACUCAGAUCUCUGAGGGUGGAAUACAGAUGAGACCUCUAUCAAAAUGAACCCAAAGCAGCUGACAGCAACAUAAAACCAAUAAAACAGCUAAUGCUAAAUAUAAAAUUGCAAAAUGUGAAACAUCCAAGAUCUGAAGGCUUCCUGUUUCUGUUGUUGGUUAAAACAACAACAGCAGAUCCUGCCAGCUGCUUCCAGACAGGCCUGCUCCAACAAACAUGUUAACCAUCAAGAGACCUGCUUCUGCCUCUUCUCUCCAGGCCUUCAGCUCCCAUGCACAUGGGGGUGAGCCCUGACAUAUCUCAAGCAAAUCUGCUACUGGACGCUUCAAGAGUCAGCAGUGAAACUGCGUGUGUGUAGGCAAGAGGCUGUGCCAGGGCAGGGUUGUGCUUCCUCUCUCCGCAGAUGGCAAUAAGCCAAACAAGUUAUUGGCAGCUAUGAAGGAGGGGGGAAGCGGGGAGCCAGCUGGAACUGGGGCUGAAAUGAAGCUGGGAUGGGGUUGAAUCUUCAUUCAGAUGCAUCUUGCUGUUUGUACUUGGGAGGUUGGAAAAGCCCUGUGGCGCUGGUCUUGUAUCCACUCUGCAUAGGGUAAAAGCAUUUAAUUAUAUUAAGACAAGUUUGUAAAUAAUCAGUCAGGCUUGCAAUGAUACUCUCCAGGCAACCAAGCAAGGACAUUUCUGUAAAGUGGGAAAUAGUUGGUUCCUUCCCUUUGCCUCUUUUGGGCCGUUGGUGAGUCAUAGUGACUCAUUAGACAGGUAUGCAUAGUAGGUAGGCUAGUAAAAAGAAUUCCUAGGUUAGUUACUUUUUUGUGGAGUAAUUUGGAAGACUGUGGAUGACAAAAGUUAGCAGUAAGUAUAUAUAAUGUCGUGGGUGGCGCUGUGGGUUAAACCACUGUGUCGAUUGGGCUUGCCAAUCAAAAGGUCAGCGGUUCGAAUCCCCGCAACGGGGUGAGCUCCCAUUGCUCGGUCCCUGCUCCUGCCAACCACACAGUGCAAAUAGAUAAAUAGGUACCACUCCAACAGAAAGGUAAACGGUGUUUCCAUGUGCUGCUCUGGUUUCGCUGGAAGCGGCUUAAGUCAUGCUGGCCACAUGACCCGGAAAAACUGUCUGCGGAAGCGGACAAAUGCCGGCUCCCUCGGUCUGUAAAGCAAGAUGAGCGCCGCAACCCCAGAGUCGUUCGCGACUGGACUUAAUGGUCAGGGGUCCCUUUACCUUUAUAUAUUACGCAUUUGUGUGAACUAUGAUUUCUAUAGAAAGAAGCAUUGGGGUUCACUUCAAGAAGAGAAACAUGGUGGACUGUACAGUGUUACUUUGGUUCUCAAACUUAAUCCGUUCUGAAAGUCUGUUCGAAAACCAAGGCACGUUUUCCCAUAGAAAGUAAUGCAAAAUGGAUUAAUUCAUUCCAUACUCUUAAAAACAACCCCUAAAACAGCAAACUAACUUGAAUUUUACUAUCUAACGGGACCAUUGAUCCAUAAAUUAAAGCAAUAAUCAAUGUACUGUACUAUAAAAUAAAUAAGACAGUAUUGGAGAUGAUAAAAAUUGAAAUUAAUUUUUUUUCUUACCUACACUGGUGAUAGUCAUUGUUUGCAUGGUGGGCUUUUAUCCAUUUCCACAGUCACACAAUCAAUCAUUAGCUGAACUGGGUUCCACACAGUCACAAAAACAAAUUAACCAAAAAAGCCUCAAAAACAAAAAUGCAAAAUAAAUAGCAAAACCAAAAGUACCAAAUACAGUGGUACUUUGGUUCUCGAACUUAAUCCGUUCCAGAAGUCCGUUUGACUUCUGAAAUGUUCAAAAACCAAGGCACAGCUUCUGAUUGGCGCAGGCACCUCAGAAACAAUAGCCAACAGCCGCAUCGGAUGUUCGGCUUCCGAAAAACGGAACACUUAUUUCCAGGUUUUCAGUGUUUGGGAACCAAGGCGUUUGAAUACCAAGGCGUUUGAAAAGCAAGGUACCACUGUACAUCCUUUGCCAGCAGGCUGCCGACAGAGAUAAUUAGGUGGCAAUUGAUGAUAGCCAGGUGUAAAUCUUGACUAUUGAAUUCACUCUGGAGAUAAGAGUGAACAGGGGAUUAAUCUCUAUUGCUCUGAAAAAGCUGUUUUCUGCAUUGGGAGACUGUCAGCUCCUGGAAACCUUCACAGGUGUGAGCAACUUAUGAGUGGAGGACUACAUCGUACCCAAAAGCCACCUAAGAACCCUAAUGGGCAUGGGAUCUGCUUAAGCCCCUCUUUUAAAAUAAUCUCUGAGAUAGUUAUAAUUUACAACUAAAAGAGGUUUCUCUAUCCGCUGGUGGAAAUUUACAUUCAGUGUGUGAGCUACUUACUGGCUUUAAGAAGAAGGGAAGGGAAGUCAAUCAUAGAAGGGCUGGAGGCAGAACAAAAAGCAUGCACUAAUUGUUUGAGCCAAGAAAGUUUUAAAUGAACAAGGGAGUUCUGAGUGCUAAUAAUUUUUAUUUUCUUUAUUUGUAAUUUUCUGUUUUCUCAAUGAAAGUGUAGCCUUGAAAUUGAAAGUAAUUUUGCCACUUCAUACUUCCUCUGUGGGAAAGGAAUAUGUUUUGAUAACAUUGUGAACAUCUUAAAGUGGAGUCAGGAAUUGUAAAUAAGAUCAAGAACAUUCAGUCUUGCAAAUACAUUGUUGGACAUUUACCUCCAACCCCUUUCAAAAUAAAGAGUACAAAGCCUUAUUGUCUGCAAAAAAGGCAGUCUGAAUAAAACUCUUGGUCUGUGUUGCUGAACGCUUCGCUAAAUAAUGAUAGAAAUAAAUAAAUAAAUAAAUGCCCAGUAGCACCUUAGAGACCAAUUAAGUUUGUUCUGGGUAUGAGCUUUCGUGUGCAUGCAUACUUCUUCAGAUACACUGAGACAGAAGUCACCAGACCCAUAUAUAUAGUGGGAGGGUGGGGUGGGGUUUUUCUCAGAAGGGUAGUGGGAGAUGGGUAAUGAUGGGUAUGGUAAACCAGUUGACGACCGUUAAUGACUGCAAUUAGUCCUACAGGAAAAAGCAAGGGAUAGUAUGCAGAGAGCUGGACCAUAAAGAAGGCUGAUCGCCAAAGAAUGGAUGCUUUUGAAUUAUGGUGCUGGAGGAGACUCUUGAGAGUCCCAUGGACAGCAAGAAGAUCAAACCUAUCCAUUCUUAAGGAAAUGAGCCCUGAGUGCUCACUGGAAGGACAGAUCCUGAAGCUGAGGCUCCAAUACUUUGGCCACCUCAUGAGAAGAGAAGACUCCCUGGAAAAGACCCUGAUGUUGGGAAAGAUGGAGGGCACAAGAAGAAGGGGACGACAGAGGAUGAGAUGGUUAGAUAGUGUUCUCGAAGCUACCAGCAUGAGUCUGACCAAACUGCGGGAGGCAGUGGAAGACAGGAUUGCCUGGCGUGCUCUGGUCCAUGGGGUCACGAAGAGUCGGACACGACUAAACAACAACAACAACAAGUAUGCAGAUGACCAAAAAUAGCUUUAGCAUAUGUAAUGAGACAAGAAUCCAGUAUCUCUAUUUAGACCAGGUCUCUCCAUAGUUUUCAGUUUAGUAAUAAGUUGUAAUUCAGCAACUUCUCUUUCAAGUCUAUUUCUGAAAUUCUUGUUUUGGUCAUUGGGAGAAUUACCGGAAUCUUUGGGAAAUGCCUACAUUAUGUUGAUUCUGAAACAAGAGACUGAUUUAGCGUUAGUGAAAAAUUAUAGGCCAGUCACCUUGCUAAAUAACUAUUGUUAAUUAUUUUUAGCAGUAUUGGCAAAUCAGCUGAAAUUAAUAUUAAAGGACUUAAUACAUCAAGACUAAACUGGAUCUUUGCAGGGUACAGAGAUGAAGGAAAAUGUAAGAAAUAUAAUUGAAUACCUGGAAGUAGGAAACAAGAAACAAGCAGUACUGAUGCUUUUAGAUGUAGAGAAGGCUUUUGAUAAUGUUUUGUGGACUUUUAUGAUCAAAACACUAGAGAUGAUUGACUUUGGGGAGACUUUUAUAAAAGGCAAUAAAGCUAUAUAUUCUAACCAAUAUGCAAGUUUGACUGUAAAUAAUAUAACUUUAGAAAAAUGUAUAAUAUCAAAAGGGACAAGACAGGGCUGUCCUUUAUCACUGUUACUUUUUAUAUUGGUUUUAGAGGUCUUGGCAAGAAGAAUAAGAAGUAAUUUAGAUAUAAAAGUCACAUAUCUGAAGACACCGUGGUGGCUUUUGCCACUUGAAAGACAUGACUGGGCGACAUAUAAAUACCUAUUAACAGAAGUAGAUCAAGAUAUAAAAUUAAAGAGGUUUGAAGAGUUAGGACAGCAAGUAACUGAUUGGCUACAGUAUCGUCAACUUAAUGUUUCAUUAAGUUUGAUAAAAGAAUGAUUUUUCUAACCUAACCUCACAAUUUGAAAGAGAUCUAAUAGAAAAUAAAGAUAAAGUGAUUUCUAAAUUGUACAAAUUACGUACUAUUGGAAUGGCAAAGAAAAGACGAUCAGUGAUAAUACACAGGGCGAGGGAUAUAGGUUAUAACAUUGAAUUGGCUGCAUGGGAGAGGUUAUGGAAUGUUGAUUUGAAAAUCAUAGCAUGUUAUAUUAAACAGUCAAAUGGUGGAAUUGUGAUGAUGGAGGAGUGGAAUGAAGCCAUGGAUGGAGAGAUUAAGAGGAGAUUAAGAGACACCCUGCGCUAGCAACGAUAGAGCUAAGAAAAAGCUAUCAAACCUCUGGCACGUUUAUUGGAAAAAGAUUGAAGAAGCAUAAAUGGAAGGGAUAAUUUUUAAAAAUAGGAUGGAAAACCCCUCAAAUACAACAGAUCAUAGAAUUAUAGAGUUGGAAUGGACCCUGAGGGUUAAACUGGGUGCAAAUUAAGGAAUACAUAUCAAGAAACGAACUAUGGUAUAUUAUUUUAAUAUACAGUGGUACCUCUAGUUGCGUUCCGCUCUUGUUAUGGAUUUUCAGCUUAUGAACUCGGCAAACCCGGAAGUGUUUACUUCCAGGUUCGCCAUGUGCACAUGCGCAGAAGUGAUCUGUGCUCUUCGCGCAUGCGCAAAAGCACUCAAUCUCACUGCGCACAUGCGCGAAAGAGGCACUCUAGUUGCAUACUUUUCAGGGUGCAAACGGCACCCCGAAAUGGAUUAAGUCCACAACUAGAGGUACCACUAUAAGUAAUUAAAUAAAUAAAUCUGUGUAACUCCCUCCAUCCAUAGAUUUCAGGGUGGUUCACAACACAAAAAUACAAGAUUUUAAAAAACCACAAUAAAAACAAGAACAAAAAAAACCUCAAUAACCUCCCUCGCCCACUAAACGAUUGAGUUCUUACCCUUCACCAUUAGGGUCCCUGGGCAGGCAGGCAUCAACACAAUACAAGAAAAAUGCUAGCAUAAUAAAAACAUGAUCAUGGUGUAGAGACUCUGAUGUGGACAAAGAUGGAAAGGCGUAUUAUUGUUUAAUAAUAUAGAGAAAUGGUUGUUGAAGUUAUUGGAGACAAAGCUGAUAUGUUUGAUUAGAGCAGAAACCAUUGCUGCCAUUGGGGAAAUAUUGCUUAACAUCCUGGAGUGAAUGUUUUGAAUACUUUCUUUUAUGUAACUGACAUUUAUGUAACUUCUUUUCUCCCCCCCCCUUUUCCCCCUUUGGUGCCCUCUGCUCUGGGCCACUUUUGGGGUCCAAGGAUUAUACACACAUGAAGGUAGUGGAUGGUUGGUGGAAGGAGCCUGAAUGAGAAGGGAAGACAUCCAACAGUGAGAGAAGAAAGGGAGGCUUCCAGGCAAGAGCUUUCUGGGGGUGACAAGGGUUAAGAACGACCUUGGAGACAGGAGUCUGAGUUUUCUUUCUCUGUUUUUGCUUUUAUUUAGAUUAGUUUCUUUUAUCUUAUUGUAGUAUGAAAAAGCUUAAAUAAAAUCUUAUUUUAGGAAGUAAGCAAGCAAGUAUGGGGAUUCAUAUGAUACUUACUCCAUCUUUAAGGCAAGAAAAUGGGGUGGGUAUGCUCAUCUUAAGCAGGACCAUUCAGCGUUAGAAACAGGUAUGAAAGCUAGGCUCUAAAUGGCACCUUAAACCUUGGUUAUGGCCCAACAAUGGAAUGUCUAGGCACUUUUUAUAGCAAGAAUUCAAAGCUGAAAAUGAAUGAACUGCAGCUAAAAUAUGUUCAUUUUUCACAUGGUCUAGUCCUUCCCCUGCCCACCCCCCUAAUAUUCUUAAGAGGGCCUCUUCUCCAGUCUUCAGAGAGUAGCUGGAAAUGGGGAGGCAGAAAAAGACCCUUCUUUCCUUCCACUCUGCAGUUUUAAUCUGAAAUCUUAGGCUCAGUACUGCACCCAGAGCUCAGAAACUGCUCACGCUAAUGAAAUUCCUUGUCGCAAAAUGCGCCUAGAACAAUGGGAGUUUCAAACAUUCUAUAUACGUUUGUAUGUAUGGCAGCAUUCCAUAGCUAACUCAAAGCAUCAGCCAAAUGUUCCUUUUUAAAUUUCCUAAGAAUUUUGAAGAAACUUGAUUUUCAGGCUUUUAUGUGUGUCCAUGAGGACUAGGAAGUUGUUGCACUCGAUGGAUUUCUGCUGCAAGGUCCUCCUUCUUUCUGGACUAUUGGCUGAAAGGCAUUGUGCCUUCCACUCAUUUCAAUGGGCUUUUUAUUUUUUAUUGUUACAGUUGCAGCUCACCACAAGGUUCUCUCCCUUCUCCUUUUAUCCUCACAACCACCCUGUGAGGUAGUGACUGCCCCAGUGAGCUUUGUGAAUGAGUGAUGACUUGAGUCCUGGCCUCUCCGGUCCCCGUCCAAUGCUCUACCCACUCCACCACAUGGCUCGCUGCUGGAGAACUGUCCAGUGGAUUGGGCCCCUCUGGUAAUACCCCUUCCCAAAACCAAGAGCAAAUGGUAAUAUUUUUUGUUGUUUUCACAGGAACCAUGUUUCUAAGGAGUGUCAGUCAAAUUAAAAAUGGCCCUUCCCCUAUUUUAGUCCCACACAUUUAACAAUAACUGAAUUUGUAAUUUUUAAAGGUUGGAAGAAACAGGUGUCCUCACUUAGGUUAUUAACCCUCCCCUCCCCACCUGGGCUGUUGGAUAUAAGCAGCCACACCAGGCUCUGCUGUGCUGAAAUCAGCAUGUGAUAAGGAGUUCUGUUGCUUGCAACUGUCCUGGUUUGCUUCAGCCUAAAUUAUGCUAUUUAAAAAAGGCCUGAGGAAAGCUUCCCUCUCUCUUUCUCUCUCUCUCUCUCUCUCACACACACACAAACACACAACCUUAGCAAUGGAGUUGCAUUGGAUGUGGGUACUGAAUUUCUGCUACAGAGUCCUUAACCAGGUUUGAUAUCUCGGAGUGAACAAACCCCAAGCAACUUUAUGUAUAAUAACCAAAUUCUUAGAAGCCCUGUUAAUUUUGACCAGUUCCUGCAUAGCCAAGCAUAAGCUUCCAUGGUUUUUCUUUUGUCGUUUAAUUGAAGAGCAUGGAAAAACCUUGCCAUUUCUCCCUGCCUGACUGAUUUUUAUUUAUUUCAGUCUACUUUCCUUAAAGGCUGUUAGCAGUUAAUAAUUAAAAAUGUAACACAUCCAGAUUUUUUAAAGGACAAGAAAGCAGCUGAGUGUUCUUGCUAAGAGACUGUGGAAAUAAUAAAAUUAAUAAUAAUAAUAAUAUCCUCUCUCUUUAUGUCUUCACACUUUAUUUUGGCGCUUUCUAGAAUAAAAAAGAAGCAAAUGACAUUCUUUUCCAAAAGAGCUAAGUUGGACUUUCUAUGAUACUGUACUCUCUCCAUAGAAAGUUAAUUGAACUAAUUUGCUGUCUUAAACUUGGGGCAGGAAGGAGGAAAAUAUGUCUUACCUGAAAUAAGAUCUUACCAGGAAAAGUCUGUUCUACAACAGCAGGAGAGCCAUUUGCCCCUUAGCAGUAGUAUUAGGCUUGGCAGAGGCGGGGAGGUUCAGACCUGAAAGCAGCUUGUGAUGCCCCCAAAAGCAAACAAGAAACGUUAUUGGGGAAAACGAACAGCAAUUGGGAAAGACGUGGAUAAGCUUCGGCAAUUGAGAUGAUGGUUUGGAGCCAAUGCAAGGGGGAGAAUGAGGCUGUAGAGAGGCACAAGGAAAGGAGGUAUGGCGGCAGUGUGGUGUAGUGGUAAGAGUGUUGGGCUAGGACUGAGGAGAUCCAGGUUCAAAUCCCCACUCAGCCCUGAAACUCACUGGGAGACCUGCCAUAGAAUCAUAGAACUAUAACAUUGGAAAGGGAUCCUGAGGGUCAUCUAGUCCAACCCCUUGCAAUGCAAGAAUCUCAACUAAAGCAUCCAUGACAGAUGGCUAACCUUUCUCACAGGGUCAUUGUAAGGACAAAAUGGGGUGUGGGAGAUUCAUGCAUAUUGCUCAAGCAACUUGGAGCUUAAGCUGGCUUGUGAGGUCUACUUUGUUGUGGUUUGUACUAGGACUCUGAGGUCCAUUUGGCAGAACCAGAUGCAACACAGUCAUUUGGAGCAGGGCAAAAGGGAAGGGCGAGAGAUGCACACUUAAAAGGAGGGAUCAGGACAGGCCACCUCUGAGCCAGGACCCAGUCCAUAAAAAGCAAAGUAGCCAUGUUGGCCUAUAAGAAAACAAGUCCCAGAUCCACAUUGGGCAACACUUUACCAGCGAAAAGGUCACCAAAGUGUAUCAAGCUUCUGAGUUCUCCAGAACUCUCCAUCAGGCAAGGUGUUACACAAAGCAGGGGCGAGGGAAGCAAAGAAAAGCAAAAAGAAGAAGCACAAAAGACUGGGGAGCCAUGAAUGAAAACUUGUAGACACAAUUCCAAGAUGGAGAUUACAGGCUGAAGAAGCCCUUCUCAGGUAGAUAUCUAGAAGGAUUCUGCUUACAAACCUACUCCGUUCAGAAAUUUGUUCUCAGUAGUACCAACACUGAGCUCAGGGUUCAUUCUCAGGAAAUUUGAUUUCUGGCUUUCUCCUAAGGCUUCUUAGCUUCAGCUGCCCAAUUGGAUUAGGGACUGGUGAUGAUAGAAUGCCUUUGUGUUGUUGCUAAACAAUUGGGAAGUGGAAAUCUGUGGCUAUAUGCAAAUCAUCCUGAGGUUCUACCUGCGUAGAUCCUGAUCUGCCUUCUGCCCUUUGCUGCCUUUAUAGGAAGGCGCCAUAUGAGCAAACAUGAGGAAGACUACGGGGAGGAGGAGAAAGGGCUGGCCCUCAAGCCCACACAGACCAAAGCCGGUCCUGCCUGCAUUUUCCUACACCUUCUCAUCAUGUAAUAGUAUAGUAAUAAUAAUAAUAAUAAUAAUAAUUACAUUUAAUAAUAAUUAAUAGUAAAAAAAUUGAGUUACAUGUCCCCACCAGGAGGUAGACUUGCCCAUUUUUCCAUAAUUGGAAGGUCCCAAACAGCCAUAAUGAGAUCAGUACCAUACAAAGCAUGUUCUGCUAGUUUAGUCUUAAGAUUUUUAAAAGGCAAUAUUCAAAUAGGACCCAAAAAUAUAGGUUUUUUUUUCCACCAGAUUGCUGGCAUGAAGGAGAAGCACAUUUGGGAGUGUUACUCUUCAUCUGGGGGUUUCCAGUUAGUUUCUUUCCACCUUUCCUCCGCAAGUGUUGGAAAGGUCAAUCAAUAUAAGCUUUCCUAGGAAGGACACCCCAGUCUCAUGCUAUAUCCUAAAUAUCUUCACAGAAGCUUAUGAAAAGCUUGGUCUGUCGCUCAGCAUCCAAAAAACCAAAGUGCUGCACCAACAAGCACAAAAUAACCCCUCUGCAGCACCACAAAUCCAACUCAGUGGUGUAACGUUGGAAAAUGUCGAUCACUUCUCCUACCUAGGCAGUUAUCUUUCCACAAGGGCCAACACUGAUGCCGAAAUCCAGCAUCACCUGAGCUCUGCAAGUGCAGCUUUCUCCCAAUUGAAGUGCAAAGUGUUUGAGGACCUGGACAUUCGCAGGGAAACCAAAAGGCUUGUUUACAAAGCUAUUGUACUAUCAACCUUAUUGUAUGCUUGUGAAACAUGGACCACUUAUAAAUGCCAUCUCCAACUCCUUGAAAGAUUCCAUCAACAGUGUCUCCAAAAAAUUUUACACAUCACUUGGGAAGACAGGCAAACUAAUAUCAGUGUACUGGAAGAAGCAAAGAUCACCAGUGUUGAAGCAACGAUUCUUCAACAUCAACUUCGUUGGACUGGUCAUGUUGUGCGGAUGCCUGAUUAUCAUAGCUGUCAACGUUUGCCUUUUUUAAAGGGAAAUUCCCUUAUUCCGAAUAGGAUUCAUCGCAAGAAAAGGGAAAAGUUGACAGCUAUGCUGAUUAUCGUCUUCCAAAGCAACUACUCUAUUCCGAACUUAAAAAUGGAAAGCGUAAUGCUGGUGGUCAACUGUCUCAAGGCAAAUCUAAAAAAAUGUAGUAUAAACACCGACAACUGGGAAACAGUGGCCUGUGAGCGCUCCAGUUGGAGAACAGCUUUUACCAAAGGUGUCAUGGACUUUGAAGACACUCGAACUCAGAACACAAGGGAGAAACGUGCUAAGAGGAAGGCACACUUGGCAAAUCCACACCAUGAUCAACUCCUGCCCAGGAACCAAUGUCCCCACUGUGGAAGGACAUGUGGAUCCAGAAUUGGCCUCCACAGUCACUUACGGACUCACUGUUAAAACCGUGUUUAUGGAAGACAAUCUUACUCAGCUACGAGUGAUCGCCAAAGAAGAAGAUAUGAGCAUAUGAACUCUUUAUGUAUAAAAAAAUCAAAUCUGUGUCCAGUGUCUGAAUUUCACAUCCAAUAUAAAUGCAAAAUGAGUUGUCUUGCAUGAUUUUUCUUCUAUUUUUAAAAUUCUGCCAUUUUUACUGUUUUGCAUAGCAGGUUGCUAAUCAGGGGAAGCGGCAGAGUGCUAUGCGCUGGAGCAGGGUCCUCUGACCGCCAGGUAUCUUACACAGCUGCUGCUCUCUCUGGGAAUUGCUCGUGCCCACAGCCCACAAUGGUUAGCAGGUGGCCCAGUGAUCCUGAAUCUUUCAUACCAGGCCCCAAAUUCUCUGUUCCGUCCCUCUUUUUAUAAUUAUAUGUUUUACUUUGCUUACAGGGUGCAUCUUAAUUUUUCCCAGAGGUGCUUUAUACAUUUACAGUGGUACCUCGGGUUACAUAUGCUUCAGGUUACAUAUGCUUCAGGUUACAGACUCCACUAACACAGAAAUAGUACCUCGGGUUAAGAACUUUGCUUCCGGAUGAGAACAGAUAUCAUGCAUCGACGGCGCAGCGGCAGCAGGAGGCCCCAUUAGCUAAAGUGGUGCUUCAGGUUAAGAACAGUUUCAGGUUAAGAACAGACCUCCGUAACGAAUUAAGUAUGUAACCAGAGGUACCACUGUAUACAGAUUUGUGUUAGGGACUGGCAAGAGGCAGAGGUUAGUCUAGUUCCAGAGCCACAGCAUUCUGUGUUCUGUUUGGCCUGUUGCCCCCCCCCCACUUUAUUUUUAAUAAAGUUUCACCAUGUGACCACUGAGGUGUGUGCAGUUGGCAACCUCCGUUUCAGAAAUCCCCAUGUGCCCAGCUCCCUUUGGGCUCCGCACUGCUGGAAGCCUGAGGCCAGGCUGGGUAGAGCCAGACCUUUGCCCUGCUCUGGGAGAGGAGCCGAGGGCUGGGGAGCUGGCUUUUCGCUCUGCCACUUGGCAAGGGAUUGGCUGGAGGCAUGAGGGCACUGGUCCAAGAUCCCAGGAUCUGAAGAACUAACCGUACAUUCCCAGUUUAUAUUGGGAUGUGAAAAGGUGCUAGAAGAUGAUAUAUUUUUUACGUAUUAUCCUUCCUUCCUCACAUUUGUGAGAUCAGCAGAGUGCCCUAGAUAGGCUAGUUUUAGCCUUUUAGUCUAAGUAAUGCAGGAAGCUUUAAGGCAGACCAGAUUCUCCUGGUAUUUCACCCCUUUCUCUCCCUUAAAACAAUAAUCACACAAACAGUCUUGUAAAAGGUAAAAAUAACAUUUACUCACUCAGAAUACUUGUUGAAGAGUAACAGAUACAGAAGCUUUGUUUAGGCAGGCUUAACAUGGUAAUUCAGUUACAAAUACAUACUUAAGUCUAGCUUAAAAUUGAUGUUCUCACAUUGCUGGCAUGGUGAAAAGAAGCAGGUGGGAGAAUAUCUAUAGCUCUGCCCUCUCCAUGUCGGCACAGUGGGAGCAUCUCUCACAGAGUUCUCUCUGGCAAGUUUACAGGAAAACUGAGUUUCAGCUCUGAUCCUGUGCCUAUCUAGCAAAACAUGAAUUGUUGGUUUGACUGCACUUUAAAUAUCCCCCCGUUUCCUUCCUUGCUUCUGGGGCUGUAGGUGACCAAAAAGGGUGGUGGUGGCAGCAGUUGUCAGAGAGCAACCCUGGCAGCACUGCAGGGUUGUUGUGCGGCAGUUGAGCAAGGAAAAGGUGUGAGAGGCUCUCCUGGCAGCUCCCUUCCCAAGUUCUCUGAAGUGCUUGGCAACAUCCCUGCCCACAGACUCUGCCUCCAGGCACUUUCCCCCAGCUGGGAGCAAACUACUCAGGGGAAAGAGACAGUGGGAGUGAGAGGGUUGUGCCUGCAGCCGUCUUUGGCCAUCCAAACCACCUUCCUUGUCACCGAGUCAUUUGGGAUCUAGUGCCUAAAUCACUGUCUGCACAGAGUCCUGCUCUCUUAGCAGCAAUCCAAGGUGCUUAGAUUAUGCAAAGGCAAAACUAGGCAUUAUUUCACCCGGGUCAAAGACCCAGUUUGGCACACCCUCCCAUGCACAUUUGUGUGUGUGUGCGCACACACACACACACACACACACACAGGCUGGGAGCCUCAAUGGCACCCCACCCUGGAGGCUUCACCCAGAGCAACAAUCCUGGCUAGCCCCCCUCCAGCUACAGCUCUGGCUUAUGCAACUUUAUGCAUGGUGUUUCCCUAAACUUAUUUAAAUUUAUACCUUGCCUUUUCACAGGUGGGCACCUAAGGCAGCUAACAGUAUGCAUACCAGAAACGCAGCAUAACUUGCAGCUAUGAGAAGCCUGGAGAAAAUGACCUGUGGAUGGUCCACCCACUAACGGCUCUGCAUUUUGUAUUCUUCCUCAGAAGAUUGCAGUGCUGGCUGCUGCUGGAAGCUGGGAUUCUGAAGUGUAAGUGAAGCAAGGAUAUUCUGCAUCGGCCAGCAGGCCUUUUCUGUGCCUUAGCGAAGGCUCUGCUUCCUCAGGUAACUUGCAUUUCCGUUGUGCUUAAACUGCUGCGUUAUCUGUGUGGGGGUUUUUUUUUGGGGGGGGGGAGAUUUCCCACAAUUCUUGGAGAUGUUACCAUAGAGGACUUACCUGAUUUUCAAUACUAGAAGUGAGAUGUGUCUGGAGAGCUUUCUCUUCUAAUCCAUAAUAAAUAUGUAGUUAUUGGCUCCAUAGGAUCAAAAGUGCACUCUUCUCAUUCACCCCAACCGCACAUCUUUGCAUGGAAUGACAUUUUUGUAGUACAGGCACGACCAUUUUGCACGGGGAUGGAGUGUGCAUAAGCUUGCCCUGUUACACCCUGCCCCCGUUACUCCCCCAUUCAUCCCACUUCUGGGUCUAAAAGGACCCACAUGUCGGGGGUCACGCAUCAACUGGAUACACCUAAACAGAUCGCCGACUGCAUUUGCUUGCUGGAGAAGUGCUAGAAUUUGCAGUGUUGCUUGUGCUGUUUUAUUGCUCCUAUUGCCCAUAGUACCACUGGCAAAGUGCAACACUUUUAUCCCCGGUCCCUUCAUCUCCAAUGCCAUCACCAUUUUAAUACAAGCAACAACCAUUGUACAUGUGUUGAAUAUGUGUGCAACUGUGCGCAUGUGCAUUGCCCCGAACCCAGAAGUGACUAGAAAAAUGUCAAAAACAGCCCUAAAAAGAACACUGAAAAGGCAAAAAUGUUGCAAAAACAGCACCUAUGUUUACAACAAGUCCCACGAGCCUUACAAGUGCAAUCCCUGGAGCCAUCAGCCACUGAGGCCUGUGGAGAGUUGGAGUUUGAGCAAGGAGGUUUGGAGAGUCUGUCAAGUGCUGCUGGUUUUUAAAAGGGGUUUCCAAGGGUUUCCAGAGGUUUAGAGGGUGUUUGCAGGCUCUUUCAAGGAUCUUCUCAAUAUGCACUGUUUCACUCAGACGUGUGGCGUAAAAUGGUUGUUGCCUGCAUUUUAAAAGUUGGUGGCUUCCCACUGUGUCUCUCCAGUGGAGGUGGGGGCGCUUGGAGGAGGGUGGAAUAUGCUUGGCAAGCCAUCAGUAAGGUUGUUUUCUAUCCUUCAACAAUCCCUGGUCAGCUAUGAACUUUCUCUCCCCACCCCCACCCCGGCCCCUGUACUUCCCCUUUAAAUUCCCUGUGCCUUAAUGUGUACAUGACAACACAGCAGCCCUGCAAUGUCCCAGCAUAAUCCCCUCCCAUUCUAACAGGCAGUCUUUUCUUUGGGGCUGGUGCCUGCUCUCAUGCCUGGUGCUUAAGAAGGUAAAUCAUUAAUGAUUUGGGAUAGAGACAAGGCAGCGUCAUUGAGGGAAGCCAUUUCCAUCCCACCCCCACCUCCUGCCUUUCCGUGGGUGCGACCCGCCUGCCCUUCCCGCCUUGCCCUCGGGCCAGACCUCGCAACUCCCAGAGACUUGUGUCGGAGAGGGAAGGUGGCGCACCCAAGCUAGUAUUAAAGUGAAAGUUGAAGUGUGAUAUCUAUUUAAUUAAGAAGAAAAACACUGUUACUUGAAUACCUCUCUUGUUGCUCUGACAGUAAUGCUACAUUGUUAAGUAAGUGGAAGCACACCUUAAUUGUUAUAUGGAUGUUUCAUUAAAUGUAAGGAUCUCAUUACCACUGUACUGUGUAUUCUACCAAAGCAAGUUGAAAAGAUCAAAGCAAUGAGUUAUGAAAGCUGAGACUUUAACAGAAGCCGUGUUGGCCACGGUUCCUUGGCAGGGCCUGCCAAUUGCUCCUUCUUUCUCCUUCUUCCCUAACAGCUGGCCAAGGCCUGACCUACCAGCCAAAUGUGGCCCCCCAACCACACAUGGAGGUCAGGGGCUUGACCAUCCCUUGUUUUUAUUUUUGCAGUUGCUGACAGGUAGCCAAAUAAGAGGCUCAUCAACACCCUGACUGGAACUCUGUCCAUGGCCAGUGGGCUACACUAUGUAGGGCUGAUCAAGUCUACAUCAGUUUACUGUCUGCCUGCAGCUGUUUGCAUUCCCAUUUAAUUUGCGUAGUUCACCUGACAUUAUUCUCAAACAACACUGGUCUUGAUACUUUCCCCUUCUAAAGUUGGGUUUACUUGACACAGGGCUAAUGUGAUAAAUUAGGGGAAAUUGGGCUCCAAACAGCUCUACGCAUUGUCAGAGAUUAUUUGUUUUAGCAUCAUAGAAUUGUAGAGUCAGAAAGGACUACGAGGGUCAUCUAGUCUUCCUAAUAAACAUGAGGAAGAACUUCCUGACAGUAAGAGCUGUUUGACAGUGGAAUUUGCUGCCAAGGAGUGUGAUGGAGUCUCCUUCUUUGGAGGUCUUUAAGCAGAGGCUUGACAACCAUAUGUCAGGAGUGCUCUGAUGGUGUUUCCUGCUUGGCAGGGGGUUGGACUCGAUGGCCCUUGUGGUCUCUUCCAACUCUAUGAUUCUAUGAUAGUCCAAGCCCUGCAAUGCAGUGCCCAACAUGAGAUUGAGAGUGUCCUGCUCUACAGACUGAGCCAGCUCAGGGAUUGAUUGUCGUUUCUGCUGCUCCCAUAACUGCUGUUUCUUCUGUGCUUUUGUUUCCCCCCAUCUGGGCUCGUAACUCUUUUUGGGGCACUCCUGAAUAUGGGAAUGUUUCCUUUUAUUUUGAAUCCCCAGAUUAACACAAACACAAAACUGUACAACCAAACUUACAUAAAAUUUCCAUGGUGAAUAUAUUGAACAGCCGUGUGUGCUGAGAACUUACAAUCAGAAAUGGGGAGGCCUGGGAAAAAACUGGAAAAAUUGAAAAACAACAACAGUUCCCCCCUCCCCCGUUUUUGUUUUUGUCAAAUAAGAAAAAAUGGCUUUGGAAAAAAAUGGGGGGGGGGACUUGAUUCCCCCCCCCACAUUUUUCCAGGCCUUCCCAUAUCUACUUACAAUAGCUUUCAUUUCUUUUUCAUACUUCCAAUUUGUGCAAAAUCAGAAAAUAGCACGAACAAAUUUGCAAUUGCCUGACUGUGCAGCAUUGCACACAUGUGCGGUUGGUAUUUGGUUGUCACAACGGUUUUGUGCUGUAAUUUUCCCAAUGUUUUCAUAGGUCAUACGAUGUGAUUAAAUUUGGAGUGGUAUCCUGGCAUACAGUUCUUUACUGCCACUUUAAUGGGGAAACAGAAGCAUGUCCACGCGUAAAGGAUGGUGACAUGUCCAAUGGCCUCCCCUGUUGUGUGGCACCAUGCCCACUAGUGCAAAUGAAAUUUAGUGCAACAUGGCAGCAUGUUGAUAAAAAAACAAAACACCACAGUUCCAUAAUGCAACAGGCAAAAGGAAUGUUAGCAACCAGGACACUUUUUUUCUAUCUCCCUUAGUAAAAAGCUGAAGCAGGAGGGGGGAAUCUGCAGCCCUCCGGAUGUUGCUGGACUACAACUCCUAUCAUCCCUGGCCAUUGGCCCUGCUGGCUUGGGCUGGUGGGGGUUAGAAUCCAGCAAUACCUGGAGGGCUUUUGUCUCUGGGCUAAAGACUUGUGCAUUCAUUUUAGAAGGGAGGAAGGAAAAGAAGAAAGAAAGGAAAGCUGCUCUCUUGCAGUCAACUCACACCCACACACCCUGCAGGCCAUGACCCUGUAAAUGGAAGGCUAAGACAUUGAAGACUAGCGCUUCUGAUGCACAUGCCUCUCUAACAGGGUAAGGCUAUAUUUUGCCUUGCAUUCCCAACACCACACUCCUUGUUCUAAGCUCCUAACCCUGUUAAUUUUAUGUGUUUUCAUCAACCCCAGGCUUCUGCGAGUUGGCCCCUCACCCCUCUCUUCUGAAAGAACACAUUCUCACUGUGGUCUUGCCUUGAUGCCUUCUAAUACAGACGUCCGUGAGUGGGCACAAGUGUAACCUGUUGUUGGAAAGCCAUGGGGAACACCUUCGAUUCCUACUUCAACAAGCACAAGAUUGUGGAGCACUACAACUACACCAAGGAUAGGCUGGAGAAAGAUGAUGACCCUUCACUCUCAAGCGGCUCUGUUGCUAUCAUUGUGCUUUGCUGCUUUAUAAUCCUGGAGAACCUGCUGGUGCUCAUGUCCGUCUGGAGGAACAAGAAGUUCCACUCGGCCAUGUUCAUCUUCAUUGGCAACCUAGCCUUUUCAGACCUACUGGCUGGCUCAGCCUUCAUAGCCAACGUUGUCCUCUCGGGCCCAGCCACUUUCCACCUCACCCCGCUGCUGUGGUUCGUGCGAGAGGGCACAGCCUUUGCUACUUUGGCAGCCUCCGUCUUCAGCCUGCUGGCCAUUGCCAUAGAGCGGCAUGUGGCCAUCACAAAGGUGAAGGUCUACAGUAGCGACAAGAACUGCCGUAUGGUGCUUCUGAUUGGCGCUUGCUGGGUGAUCUCGGCAGCCAUUGGGGGGCUGCCCAUCCUUGGCUGGAACUGCAUACAUGACCUUGACAAGUGCUCCACUGUCCUACCGUUUUACUCCAAACACUACGUUGUCUUUGUGGUCACCAUCUUCACCGCCAUUCUCUUCUCCAUUGUGGUCCUCUACGUCCGGAUCUAUCGCAUCGUUCGCUCCAGCCAUGCUGAGAUGGCUGGCUCCCAGACUAUAGCCUUGCUCAGGACAGUCACUUUUGUCCUGGGGGCCUUCAUCAUCUGCUGGCUCCCUGCCUUCAUCAUCCUCUCAAUAGAUGCUUCAUGUGCCAGGAAGUCUUGCCCCAUCCUUUUCCAGUCGAAAUAUUUCUUUGCCUUUGCUACCCUCAAUUCAGCCAUCAACCCUCUCAUCUACACCCUCCGCAGCAAGGACAUGAGGAAGGAGUUCCUGCGAGUCCUCUGCUGCUGGGGUAUGAUGGGGCAGGGGAAGCCGUCAGAGCGUUGCAUGAUUCCCCUCCGCAGUUCCAGUUCCUUGGAACGCUGCACCCAAAAGCAGGACAAUCCUACUGCGCCUUUCAUGAAGAAAGAACAUUCCACUUUUGUGUGAAAAAACACAAGGAAGGGAACUAUGGGGUGGAUGAUGAAAGAAAGGGGAGUGGGUUGGACCUAAGUGAGCGGUACAAAGGUGAUGUGGUACAUGGGAUGCUAACCUCCUCGUGGCCAAAUCAACCUGCCUUUGACAUAGCUGGAGGUGUCCGUUUGUUCACUAGACCUGCACAGUAUUAGAACGUUCUGUUAGUGUGUGUGUGUGUGUGUGUGUGAGAGAGAGAGAGAGAGAGAGAGAGAGAGAGAGAGACUGAGACUGAAUGACUUGAAGUGAGUGAGCAGCCUGCUCAGAUGCUGACACUUUGCUUUGGUACAGUUCUGCUCCUUUACCCUAAAAGGUGCCCUGCCUGUUUUGUAUGCCCAGAGUUCCUUCUGUCCUGCACCUCAGAGCAUGCUUUCAUGCCUUCCCAAAGCAUUCACUUCUUUCCAAGGAAGUAGCAACCAGUCACUCAAAUCUGCUUGGUUCCCUUUGCCUUGGUCCUAAUGUGGCCAUAGAGCAGCCAAGGAGCUUCCUUGAGUGACUGGAAGUGAAAACAGAUGCAAAACAUUUUUGGAACAACAAGGGCACUUUGAUAGCUCUGUUGCUGCCUGUAGUGCAAAUGUGUGUGUGUGUCUCCUGCUCUGGGCUCGGCUCAAACUGGUUUUGCAGGUUUUCUGUGCCUUUCAAGUUGAGCCAGGAAAAGGCCAAUUCUUCCCGUCCUGGGUCCUGGAAUCGCAGAAUCAUAGAACUGUAGCGUUGAAAGGGACCCCAAAGGUCAUUAGGCAAAUCCAGAGAUGCAUGUGUGGCUGGCAUGAGUGCAUGUUGGCUAGAGUUUGUUUUUUCAGUAAAGCCAAUCUAUGUGCUCUCUCCAUCACUGAUGAUCACUUUGGCAACUGUUCUAAAGGUAUCUGGUUACCGCACCGCCCACCCCCCCCCCGGUGAGGUGAAGGAUGUGCAUAAAUGCAUAUAGAGCUCUUGGGUGGGGGGGGUCGUAUGAAACUGCCCUGCCCUAUGCUCACACUUAACAUAUAUGUGUGUGUGUAUACACACCCACACACACCAAUAUAUAUUAUUUUUAGCACGGCUUAUUGAACAGUGCAUUCACUCUCUCCCAUUCUUAAAGUGUUUUUUUGCAAAGAAGUAACAAGAAAUCAUUGCAGCCUUGCCUUGCUGACUUAAGACUGAGGAGAGAGUCACAGGGGCAGUUAGUUAUAAGGGAGGAAUCGUGCUGGAAAUAAAUACAGUGACCCUGAGAGCCACUUCCAGGCAGGAGCAGGAGCAGGAGUGGUCUGGUUCCAAAUAAGGCAGUUUCCUGUGUCCAGCCUGGAUGGAAGGUGCAUCAACAGUCCCCUUGGUUGUUGGCAGAGAUGGGGGGCCGGGACAGGGGGCUGAGCAAAAGCUAGAGAACUGGGUGUUUCAAAUUUUGUACCUUGUUUGAAGGGCAACCCAUGCCAACAUGCGGAUAAGUGCCGGUCUUUUGAUGGCUCAGGUUCUGUAUUUAAAAUGCAGAGCAGUUUCCCACUGGAUUGUAUCCCAUGACAAUUAGCAGGAGAGGCUGCCACCUGGAUUUCCCUCUCCAGGCCCUUAAAUGUCUUGUGUUGAGCUGGAACAGGGAUCAGCAACCUUUUUCAGCCGUGGGCCGGUCCACCAUCCCUCAGACCAUGUGGUGGGCUGGACUGUAUUUUGAAAAGAAAAAUGAACGAAUUCCUAUACCUCACAAAUAACCCAGAGAUGCAUUUUAAAUAAAAGCACACAUUCUAUUCAUGUAAAAAACGCUGAUUCCCGGACCGUCCACGGGCCGGAUUGAGAAGGCUAUUGGGCUGCAUCCGGCCCCCAGGCCUUAGGUUGCCUACCCCUGAGCUGGAACAAGCCCAUCACCAGCUGAGCUCCCAGACCCCAUCCUCAGCACACCCUGGGUGAACUGGAGGACGGCUCAGAAGAAUUUAAAACACACUGCAGCCUAGGGAGACAGGCGUACGGGGUGUGCCAAGGCAGCAUUGAGGGGAAAGUUGCUUCUAUGAUGAUUAGUAACAGUGUGGUGCAUGUCUACUCAGAAGUAAGUCCUGCUGAGUUCAGUUUAAAUUACUCCCAGGGAAGUGUGUGUAGGAUUGAUGGCUGGUUAGACAGACUUGGCUUCAUCCUGUUGAGUCAUCAGAAUCAAGAGCCCUCUUUCCUCCAGCACUGCAUGUGUGUGUGUUGGAAGGCUAGAUUUGCACACACAUGCAGCCACCCUCAGGAUGCAUCCCCAACCUGUAAUACCAGUCGACAACAGGAGGCCCUGGACUUCCAGCCCCUCUGCAAAAGUUCUUCUGUAGUGUGGGAACAAACGUGUGGGUUUGGGGGAGGUGGGCUUGUGAGGCUGGGGGCAUUGCUAAGGAAGAGGUGAAAAGAAGAGAGGUGUGCGAGGGCUAUUCCUUCAAGGAAAGAGCCAGGUGUGGGUGGGUAUCCUGCCUACAGCUGCUGCAGGUGGAAACGUGAUUCACCCGGUAUGAUGUGCAGGGACAUGCCAUUGAGAAUGAGGAGGGUGUUUUUAUGAAUGGGAAUGAGAUGCAGGCGUGGGAAUCAUGUCCCUCCUCAAGCACGGGUGAUGCAGCCCAGAGGCUGGAGGGGGUGGGAGAUUGCUUUAAAUAACGCACCCUCCUCUUCGCUGCCUUCACCUCCUCAGAACAACAUUUUGUAGGAAUAAAAUAAGCCUGUGUGGUACUCUUUUUAAAAAUCCUUUUCCUGGCUAAAAAGCAAGCAAAACUUUAAAGAGUGUUGCUUCUUGGUUUAACAUGGCUGCUGGUUCUAAACAAGAACCCAUAGAAAUGUAAGACUUGCUUAUGGAGUGGGGAACUGCAGUGUAAGGGUCUGUUAAUGGGCAGUUAUGCACCCUGUCAAAUGUUGCGUAUAAAGACCUUGAUGCACAAAUCAGGACAUAUCUGAGUCAGGUCUAUUUCAUCAGAAUAUGUGAAUUGGGAUUUCUUUAGUUGGAUAGUAGCUAGCCAGCUAAGUCAUCCACCUCAAACAGAGCCCUUAGGAUAUUUUUAGCCCUGGCCCUUCUGCAGCUAUAAAUUUAAGCACUGAAAGGUACAGAUACCAGGCACAUGGCAAAGUAUGCAGAAGAUGGAUGAAAUUGCAAAUAUUUUCACCCAUGUGCAUGUAUAUAGUGAGCCAGUGCACAGCAAGUUGAACUGAAUAGGACUUACUCCCAGACAAGUGUAUGUAGGUUUGACGUUUAAAGCUGUAGAGCCUGUGAAGCAUAUGUGUGCUUGUUCUUCUUCUUGUAGCAAUGAAGUAUUGCAUGUGUGUGCGCACACAACCUCUGUGUGCAAGUGCCAGUAGAUGUGGAUGUGUGAAGUUGUCUGGCUGCAAGGUAUUUCUUGAGUUAUAAUUUUGUAAUCUGCAUUGACACAGGUCUGUGGCCUGUGUCCACGCAAUCCAAGCCAGUGACAUGUGCAUUUAGGUUUGUGCAUAUGAACAUUCUCGUUUUGUGUGAAUGGACCUGGAGUGCUGCUCUCCUCCAGCAAUAGCAUGGUACCACUGUAACACUUGUGUGCACGUUCUGUGAUGCCAUGCAGAACCUCACUGGCUCCCUGUUCCCUGUGUCUGGUUUUCUUGUACUUGCUUAUAUCUCUCGCUUCUCUUGAGCCCUUGGCUGCUUUCAAGAGGAGACUGCUACAUGGUGCUGAAGUGUAUUCUUCUGCCUCUGGAGAGUGAGGGCGAUCCCACCCCUGCUUUAAGCACUUAUUCCAAGCUACUGCAAGCAAAUGAAGGGGAUGGAUGUGCACCCAGGGAAAAGAGAGCAGAACAUUUUUAUCUCUCUCCCCCCCCCCACCAAGAGUGUGGCUUGCAAUGUUUCAUAGGAUUAUUGCCUCUACUGUGAGCUUCUUCCCACUGUUCAGAGGUUUUGCAGGAUUUUGCAGAACUUCAAAAACCUUCCAGAAACGCCUUAGAGACCAACUAAGUUUGUCAUUGGUAUGAGCUUUUGUGUGCAUGCACACUUCUUCAGAUACACAUACCAAUGACAAACUUCGUUGGUCUCUAAGGUGCUACUGGAAGGAAUUUUUUUAUUUUGUUUCGACUUCGGCAGACCAACUUCAAAAACCUUGUUUAAUUGGAGACAACACUGGGGCAAAAGAACGGCAUGUUGUUUGUGUACAACACGCACACACAAAAUGGCUCUACCUGAACCCUUUCAUUUCUCCUAAGAACUAUUGUUUGUCCUCACUUCUGGAAACAGCCAAUCCACUCCCUGCUCCCACAUCCAAAUGCAUCAAGCCCAUGCUUGAUGGCCACCCCUCCCCGUUCCCCCAUGUCCAUCACUUCAUGACACUGCUGUGAGUAGUGACAAUUUCAGGACAGGCUGUAGCUGCGAAUUUUAGCGCCGGGUGAGGCCUUGGAGAUCUUUCAAUAGAAUUUUCAGCACCCUCACUAAAUUGCAAUUGCAAGGUUUCUGUGGAGGAAUAAAUGACCUUAAAAAUAUACGAAGCUGGCAAUACAUUUUGUAGUACAAAGUGAAUUUAGUGUUGGAAAGCACUGGGUCAGUCACUGGAAGAAUUCUAGAGGCAGAAGCAGACUGUUGCACUCGCUCUCUCUCUCUCUUUCUCUCUUGCGCACACCAAAGGGUACAGUCUUGACUAUUCAAUCCUACUUUCCUUUCCCUAAUAGAAUCUUGCCUGUGGAAACACUAAUGGGGGGUGGGGUGUUUUUUAAACAUAAUUCUCCCUUUUAAUGGAGAUCUGUAUGUAUUAAAAUACUUGCUUCUACAGUUGUCCUUUGUUCAUUUUUCCCUUGCCCGUGUUAUCUAAGGAUGUGCACAUUUGCAAAAACACUUAAGGGCUGACCCUCUUUGGUUUUUUACCCUGGGAAAAAAUAAUCAUUAGGAGUCUCUGCUCUAAAUAGAAUCAUAUAAGCUUCCAGGUUCUGACCACCUCUUCCCUGCCCCAGACUUCCCAAGGCUUAUGCAAGAAGGCACAAUGAUUUUUUCACAUAGUAUGUUUAAAAUGCAUCUUUUUGGCAUUUCCACUAUGGGAAUGUUAAUGUGAGACAGAUGACAGCAGCUAUUCAAUGUAAAUUUUGCAUUUGUAUAUGAAAGAAGUGGUUCAGCUUAGUAGCUAAGAGUGUACUUUGAAGGAAGAGUAUACGUAAAUCAAGGAUGGAGAACGUGUAACUCUUCCCAUAAUCCCCAUGGUUUUCCUUGCAUGGCUAGGGCUGAUGGGAUUUGGAGGUCUGCAGGAUCAGAAGAGCCGCAGGUUUCUCCUUCCUACUGUAGGAGCCACUGAUAUCCCUCAUGCUCAGUCUACCCUUUGGACUCUUCACUCACUAGGAUCCGUCGAAUCCAUAAUGCAUGAGGUCUCUUCCCUUAUGUACAUCUUACCUGCUUUUUCUUAUAGGAGUUGUCACAAUUAGUGAAUAGUCCCAUGGACGGCUCCUUAAGAGGGGUAAGUCCAGGCAUUUGGCAGGGCCCCAACAUUGGGCCUCCCACUCCUAAGAAUGCCUCUAUUUCCACAUUGCAAAGAGUACCCAAGUGGGCAGAUAAGGGAGUCUGCAGCUCUCUCACCUUAAGGGUGUGCUGACUAUGGCUGAUGGCAGUUGUAGUCCAACAAAACAUCUGGACAGCACCAGGUUGGGAAAGGUUGACCUGGUGGUGAAAAGGCUGUUUUCUUUGAAUCUCCAGCUCAUGGUUGACAACACUUUUGCUUUCUGGGACUCCAAGCAUUUCCAAGCAUUUC